CGCGGGUUUAGAGCGCGGCAAGGGGUGCGCGGCGCGCCAGUCGGGGUUUGGCGGCCGGAGAGUGCGCUGUGUUGGAGCGCACCGAGCAGGAGGAGCAGCCCGGGAGGGAUUGCUUAGCCUGGCCGGAGGAAGAGGGAUCGCAGCCGGCUAUAGGAGCUGCCUGAAGCCGCCGCAGGAGGCGCCGUGGAGGAUCGGGGAUUUACUUUUCGCUCGUGGUGUGGAUUUAACAGGGGGAGUCGGAAGCGCAGGCGCCGGAAAGCCGGCGGCGGAGGCGGCGGAGGAGGAGGAUGGGCCGCCCGGAGGGGACCCACGACGGCCGCCGCCUCCUCUGCCGUCGGCUGCUGCUGGGACUGCUGCUCGCCCUGUGCCGCCUGGCGCCGCCACUGCUGGCCAAGAGCCUCGAGCCCGUCGCCUGGAGCGCCGCCAACCCAAAGUACGUGCAGCCUCGACGGGGACGGAGGGCGGGCUGGGGAGGCUGCCGGCCGAGGCCGGAGCGGGGAGCACCGGCUGCAUCUUCAGUCCCAACCCGGGAGCGGCUCCGUCGGGCUCUUCUGUCCAGGAAUCCCUUCUGCCGGGGCUGGGUUGGACAGGGCGGGCGCUGGAGUCCCCUUCUCCCUUCCCCGCGUUGUUCCUUCGCCCUUGACCGGCCUCGGAGGGCGAAACGGGCGCUCCCGCUCGUCUGAAAGGCGCCGGCGUGUCCCGAGUCCGGUUUCGGGUUUUUUUCCCGGGGAGGAGAAAGGGCACCUGAGUGGGUGGUUGCAUUUCCCUCUUAAUUUUUUAACCCUCUCCCCAAUUUUCAUUUAUUGUCUUGGGGGUGAAUGGCACUUCUUUGUUGCUGAAAUAGAAAACCGAGUGAGUCCGAAUUGCCUGUGUGUUCUUUAAAAAUGUAUUUUUAAUUGGAUUUUCAAUCGCGUAAUGAGCAAACAGGAAAUAUCAAGGCAGCACUGUCCAGAUUGUGGAAGACAAAGGAGUCUCCUGGUGUGCGUUGGUAGGGGGGGGGCGCCUCCUCUUUUCCAUCUAUUUUUUCUCUGCCAGUCGGGAGUUUCUUUCUCUUAAUAGGCGACGGACUAAUUCUUUCCCCUCCAAGGACUUGUCUAACUUUCACCCCUGUUAAAUGCUACACUCAGGCAACCCCUUCUUCACCCAUUCCUCUCCGCUUUAAAACUAGGCUUCUUGAGUUGAAUGGUACCCCCAAGGGUCACCCAGUCCAACCCCCUGUGAUGCAGGGGUCAAAUUGGGUGACGGGUUCUUUUGUUGCAGGAAAGUGGAUUUUGGCUUGGCGUAUGUGUGUGUGCAGAGAGCUGAGUUGGAAUGGGACAGAGAGCUGAGUUAAAGGUGGGGGGCCUAAGUGCCACACUCUUAAGGUGUUUGAGGGUUUUCGUAAGGGACCUGCUUCCUUCCUUGGAUUCUCUGUUUGGGCCCUGAGCACUUCACCUGGGGGGAGUGUCAUCUCAGGUUGCACCCAGACUGGAUGCUGGCGCCCACUCUUGGGUGUGGCUGGGAAGGUAGUUGUUCCUGGUGAAUGCCGUUGAAUAGGGCGCCCAAAAUUGACCCACUCUGAUAAUGGAAAUUGACCCACUGCAAAUGGAAUAUUUCUUCCUCCCCUCGUCUGGCACCAAGCAACCCCUGGGGUCGGGUUUAUCCCCUGCCCUUCUGUGGUUUGUGGGGCUACCCCUAAACCUGGCUUGUUGAGAGUAGCUGAACCCCAAAACCCAGACUUUGAGUUUUUAGUGAGUCGAAGCAAAAAAGACUAUUACUGGCUGCGCCCAGGAAAAACCACUGUGCCCUGGAAAAACCACUGAGACACCCAGGAAUAGAUGGUAAACAUUGGUGCCAGCAUAGUGUUGAUUUGUCCAGCAGGCCUUCUGCAUGCCGCCUUGGCAGGCCUCUGUCUGUCAGACCCAGCUGCAGAAAUGUUUGCCAGGCGUUUGCAGACACAAAGCAUCACCCACUUCUCUUUACUGGGCUGUGGGGUUUCCUGAGUUUGACUUUGCAGAAAGUCUCACUAAGUGCCUGGUUUCCAGUCUUCCCGGUUCUCCUUUUCCCCAUUAAUUUUAACCUGAGAUAUCUAUUGUACUAGCUUGUGCUGGGCAAGGAGGACAGGUUUUGGAUUCAGCCCUUCCACUUCUCCCUCAUCAAAAUGCAAAUUGGAACCUCCCUGGGGCAGAGACUUGUCUGUCCCCAUAAUACAAUAUUCCAUGGAGUGCCCUGCACAUGGCAGCAUAAUGAAAAAAUACUUUAAUAGUGGCAAGAAGCAUCCUUGGAUGUAGAGAAAAGUGUGUGGGUCCUCCCUCCAUGUGAUAUUUAUUUUUUAUUUAUUUCAUAAAAAUUACACACUGCUCGAUUGUAAAAGAAAUAAAAAUCCUCAAAAUGGCUUACAAAAAAGAUAACAAAAUGAUCUCUGAGUAAAAAGGAGGACGAUAGUUUAAGACUGAUGAAAAGUUGAAAUAACAAUAAAACAGAUUAAAAUUCCCAUCAACUUUCUAAACAUCUCGAGAGGCUUGUCUAUACAGUAAUGUUUUCGACAGGCACCGAAAACAGGACAGCGGAGGAUAGGCAGGGAGUUCCGAAGUGUAGGUGCUGCUACAUUAAAUCUAAUAAUGUAAAUAAUAAUAUAUGUGGUCAGGCGGCUUGAUUUCCAAAAAGCAAAGUGGUUUCCUAAAAUGAUCACUAAGAAAAAUUACCAACAGCAAUGCAAGACGUACAAAAAAUUAAAAACUAAGUGAUAAUGAUAGGAAGUGCAUCUUUUUGCACCCACGCUAAUGGAAGUUAAGUGGGGGGUGGUGGGGUGGCCCAGCAACUUGGGAGCGCUUAAAAAAGCUGCGCUUUUGCUUAUCUUUAUAUUGUUGUCAAUAGGUUUGAUAAUGUAGCAGUAUUAAAUAAAUAAAUAACAUUGUUUCUGGGUUCCUGUAAGUCCACUGUUGGGACCUCACAUUUUUCCUUUUUAUUAAAAUAAUUGCAGUGCAAUUCCAGGCCUGCCUCUGUACUGUACUUGGUUUGUGCAAAAGAAAUGUUAACAAUGGCAGAUGUUUCUUUCCAAACAGUCCUCUCAACUGCGAGAGUAAAAAAAAAAGUCCUCUGAGAGAUGUUUAGAUUCCCGGUUGGAGUGCUAAUUAUCCAGAGACGUUUGGAGACUGAUUUCAUCAGGAUGUUUUGGGAGCGGCUAUCCUUUAUCUUAUAAGUCUGUUUAUCUCUUUUAGGGUGGGGGAAAAAAUCAAGGGUGAACUAACCCUCUGGGGGGCACCCCCACUUUGUCCGUCAGGGAAUAAAGCCCGGAAGGUGGAAGGAAGGAGAGGUGGGGGGGGGUCAUAUUCUUUUCAAGUCACAUAGUUGGGAAAGGACCCCUUUUCUCCAGCCUUCAAAAUCAUCAUGAGCAUUUAUUAAAUUUAUUAGCUGCUACUUUUCCCUGAGCGCGACAAAAAGAAUUAUUCUGCAUCAAGUUGUUGGAAGACAUAUUUAGAUGUCCCUGAAAAGAGGAAACUUUUUGAUGAAAUUGAAGAAACCCCCCCCCCAAGUGACCCAGCAGAUCAGUUUUUAAGGGUGGAACUGGAAUUUGUGAGCAGGAUUCUGGAAGAGCCUGAAAUCUUCACGCGUUCUUGGGGGGGGGGUCUCUGUUUAGGAGUGGAGGGUUUAUUUUAUUUGGGGGUAGGUGUGCGUCUUUAAAUAUAGUGGUACCUCAGGUUAAGAAUUCAAUUUGUUCCCGAGGUCCAUUCUUAACCUGAAACUGUUCUUAACCUGAGGUACCACUUUAGCUAACCGCGCCACCCGCAGCCGCCGGAGCACGAUUUCUGUUCUCAUCCUGAGGUAGAGUUCUUAACCCGAGGUACUAUUUCUGGGUUAGCAGAGUCUGUAACCUGAAGCAUCUGUAACCGAUGUGGGUCUUGAAGUUUUGAGACCCUUUUGUGGGAUGAUUGGUCAUCGCUUCCAAAUAAAAAGGGAUAGCAUGCCAAAUAACAGCUAGAAAGUGUCUGUAUGAUAGGAGACCUCUGCCAAAUAUUUUAUUUUCUUUACUUUUUCAUACAACAUAAGAGCAUAAGAGGAGCUUGCUGUUAUCAGCGUCGCUCGCCAGAUUUCCAUUAUGAGAAGCUUGCAAGCAGAAUUCGAACCCAGGAGCAACUCUCCCCUCCUGCCGUUUCCAGCAACUGAGAUACAGAAUUGUCACUGCCCCCUGACCAUGGAAGCACAGCUUAGCCAUCGCGGCUAGUAGCCAUUGAUAGCUGUGUCCUCCUCUAUGAAUUUGUCUCAUCCUUUUUUUCAAAACCAUCUAGGUUUGUGACCAUCACUGCCUCCUGUGCCAAGAGAGUCCCACAAUUUAACUAAGAAGUUCUUUCUUUGAUCUAUCCUGAAUCUUCCUGCAUUCAGCUUCACUGAGCAUCCAUGAGUUCCAGGUGUUAUUUGCACUUUCUCCAGAUCACGCAUAAUUUUAUAAACUUCCAUCAGUAUUCAACAAUGUGCCCCCCCCCAACCUGGAGCACCAAAUGCCUAUUUAAUUGCAUUUGAUUUUAAGCCCUUUUUUAAAAACAAAGGUAUAGUUCGGUAAAUGUAUUUAGAAGCCUGUGACUUUUGAAUGCUUUUGGACUAGAUUGCCCUUGAACCCCUUCCAAUGCAAUUCUAGGAUUCUGUGUUCUGCCGAUAUUGCAUAUGUAAUAAAACAAGACCAGGUUGAUUGAGAAGUCGGGGUUUUCUAGGCUGUUCAACUCUCUCGGGACUUUGGGUUGUCAGUUUGUCCAGUUAAUAUGAAGUCCCAGAGUUGCGAGAUCUGGUUCUCAAAGCAAGCCUGCAUUUAGGGUCUCCCAAAAGAUGGAGAACUUUUUGCCAUGAUCAUUUAGGUUGGUGGCCAUCAGUGCCUCCUGUCCCAUAGUUUAAGUAUGUACUUAAAAUAAGCACUUUCUUUUUUGUCUGCUGAAUUUUUCAGCAUUCAGUUUUGUUGGAUGCCCAUGAGCUACAGUGUUAGGACCGAGGAAGGAAAACUUUCCUCUAGCCAGGCAUAAUUCUUUAAAUUUCAGUCAUGUCACCUUUUUUCCUCUACGCUUAAAAAAUCCCGAAUUCUGCAACUUUUCUUCGUAGGGGAGCUGCUGCAUCCCUACGGUCAUUUCAGUUUCCCCUUCUCCGAACCUUUCCCAACUCUGCAGUAUAUUUUUAGAGGCGAGGUGGCUGGCACUGUACUCAGUGGCACGUUGCAUUCACCAUGCUUUCCCACUUUUGGAUUUGGGGUGGCUGGAGGAUGUGGCAGCAGCAGUCUGUGGUUGUAUUGCAGAGCAGGUCGGCAAGGCAGAGAAUACCUUGCAGGGGAACAUCCUACCCUUCCGUGUGGUUGGAGAUCUUGUUAAGUUCCCAGCAAAAUAAUACGGUCAGAGACUUCAGCUGAGGAAGUCUGUGUACUAAAAGCAAGCAAACUGCUUACGUUUUAAAGACCAGCUUUUCCACACUUACUUCGCUGUAAAGUCUCUUUCUCUCUUUCCCCCCACUCUUUUUGUUUGUUUGUUCUGGAGCUUCCUCUGUGAAAACCCGCAGUUUGAAGCUGAAUUGGAGCAAACAGCAAUUCGGGUUUUCUGUGGAUUGCUGUUUGCUCUGAUUGAGCUUUCAAAGAGCGGGUUUUCACAGCGAGAGCUCUGGAGAAAACAAAAAGCAUUAAAGUGUGGACUAUGCGUGGAAAGCAUGGGGGAAAGGAAGUGUGGAUAAGCCUGGAGUUUGGAUUCCACCCCCCUUCCCAGAUGCCUUGAGAAGACCGUCAUGAAAACAUGGGGGGUUGGGCUAGAUGACCCUUGGGGAUCCCUUCAAACUCUGCAAUUCUACAAUUCUAUGGAGGUUCGUUUAUUGUAAAGCUUUCCGUUUUAUUCCAUAAAACAGAGAACAGUUAUAACGACAGGUGAAGAUUGACAGACAAAAAGUGAAGCUAUAAAAUAGGCACAUAGAAUGAGACUGGUUGCGCUUGGGUGAAAAUAACAAUGUCCAAUUAAAGAAUAUCCCCUUUAUUUGAUUAUUCCAGUUUUGCCAGGCUUGAGACAAGGGUUGUUCAGGAAAUGAUGCUUCUGUUGUAUAUGUCAUAUAGAAAUGCCAAAUCAUACAAAAAAAGCCUGGAGGUUCUAGCCCUUGUUGAAAUAUCAAAUUAUGUGCAUUUUUCUCCACUAUAGCUCUAUUACAGAGCAAGUGCUAGCUACUAAGCGUCCAGUGUUAAGAUUUUGGGCUGCUUUCCAUAGAAUUGUAAUGACUGUUUGAGCUGCCAAGAUCAUAUAUAAAAGCUGUUCUGUUGAUACUGGUAUCAUCGAAAAUAAUCAGUAGCAUUCAUUCUGGACAAGAAAUAGCAGCUUCUUUAGUAAUAUUGAUCACUUCUGUCAAAAUCAAAUUCCAAAAAACCUUGCACUAACUUGCUUUUAUUGGCAGUUUUUAAGCAGAGUUUGGAUGGUCGCCUGCAGGAGAUUCUUUAGCUGUGCGAUUUGUGCAUUGCCAGGGUUGGACUAGAUUACCCUAGUCCCUUCCAACCCUUUGAUUCUGUGCUUCAUUUCAGGAGAUUCUCUGGAGCACAUAAUGGUGGUUCUGCCUUCUCUGCCCCCACCUAACUGGCCUCCACAAGUGCUGUUAUUUAAUAUUUGUUUUCAGAACAAAUUGCCUAUAUCCUUUAAAAAGAAAAACAAGAAGUGUGGAGUUUUCCAACCUGGUAGAAAUGGUGUUGCACUUUGCGGUGUUGAGAAAAUCACUUGAAAUGGUUCAAAAUUUCAUAUGAUUUAACAGAAUGUAGAAAAGAUGGAUACUAACACCUUAAAUAAUCUAUUUCUAUUGUAACCAGCAGACAGAAAACCAGAAGUUUUCUUCCUUUAUCUUUUAUGUUUCUUAUCUUUCUGUUCUUUUCUUCUUUUCCUUUCUUGUUCCUGUCUUGUUCCCCUUCUCUCUCUAUCCUCUCUUUCUUGUCUUUUUGAUUCUGUGUGUUCCAAAUAGUAUUUUAUUGUAUUGUGAAAACUGUAAUAAAAAUCAUUUUAAAAAAUGAAAUCGUUUCAGAUUUCUGUGCACUACUUCUGCCUCCAGUUUUCUUUUCCUCGCUCCGACAUAACUUCUGCUACUCUAAAACAGUAGUUUAUAACUAUCUGAAUGCCACCAAAGCCAGGAUUGUGGGAGAAUUUUUAGCUUUCCUUAAAACAUCCCUUUGGCUAACAUUCUUGAGUUAAAUAUCUGAUGGAAGGAACAAACGCCGCUUUACCAGAUUUUACCUGUUUUAAAUCUUCAGUUUUAUAGAAUUGUAGAGUUGGAAGGGGACAUCUAGCAUUGCUUCUAGGUAAGCAAGCAAUCAUUUGUUUUGUAUUUUGGUAGAGAUAAUGGAAUCGGAGUUCUCUACCUUUUCAUAAUAUUUAAACAUUUAUUUCUUUGUAGUUGCAGGGCGAAGAUGUCUCGAAUAAUUCGUGAAAUGCUUACGAUUCGUUCUGCGUUUCAAAUUCGCUAUUGAUUCUUGAUCGUCUGUUGGAAUUUUCCUUCCAGGAAAAGUCCCUGUAUAUAUGCUCGUGUCUGUGAGUGUGUCAGACAGACAGACAGACAGACAGACGCUGGUCUGGUUUUAAUUUUAUCCCCUCGUGCCUGAAGUGGGAAGUCUGCGUAGCAAAUAUCUUUCCGGGGAAAGGAGAACAAUGGCCUUGCUUGGGUGAUUUCAGUCAUCCUUUUUUCUGCAAUGCCAGACGUCCGGGGUUGCUCAAUUCAGGGUAACGGAGUAACAUCUUGGAGCCAAGGGGUGAAAUUUUGUGGAGAAGUCAUAAGGACGUCUGAAGAACCUGCUGGAUAAGGUUCCAUCCUUCCAUUCCAGCAUCCUGUCCACACGGUGGCCAACCAGAUGUCUCUUGCAGAAAACCAGCAAGCAGGAUCUGAGCAACAAGAGUCCUCUUUCCUCCUGCAGUUUCCACCAGCUGAUACCCAGAAGGUGCCUCCAACUGGAGGCAGAGCAUAGCCAUUAUGGCUAGUAGCCAUUGAUAGUCGUCUUCUCCAGGAAGUUGUGCAUUCGUCUUUUAAAACCAUCCCAGUUGGUGGCCAUCAUUGCCUCCUGGGGGAGCACGUUCUGUAGUUUGCACUUAGUGAAAAAGGACUUUCUUUCAUCUGCCCUGAAUCUUCCAACAUUCAGCUUCACUGAAUUGCCCACGAAUUCUAGUGUUAGACAGGGAGGAAAACUUCUCCCACUCCACUUUCUCCAUGCCCUGCAUAAUUUUUGAAACCUCUGUCAUGUUACCUUUUACUCACCUUUUCUCCAAACUGUAAAGCCCCAAUAACAGCAACUUUUCCUCAAAGGGGAGAUACUCCAUCCCCUUGCUCGUUUGAUUUUCUGAACCUUUUUCAUCUUUGUAAUACCAUUUUUGAGGUGAGCAGAACUGUGCACAGGAUGUUCCAAAUGAGGACAGACCAUAGGUUUUUUUUAAAAAAAUAUGUGGCAUUUUUGUUUUCAGCUCCUUUCCUACGGAUCUUCCUCAAAAGGCCUUCACUGUUUUGCAUCGGGUAAAUGUUGAUCCACAUGGGCCUUCAUGUGUCCCUUCUUAGAAGUAAAGACUCCAAACAAAGAAUAGGUUUCAGGCUGGUUCAGAAAAGGGCAACUGAAAUGAUCAAGGGGAACUAUGGAACUCACUGCCACAGGAGGCAGUGAUGGCCACAAAAUGGGAUAGCUUUGAAAGAGGAUUGGGCAAAUUUGUGGAGGAGGAGAGGGUUAUUGAUGGCUUCUAGCCACAAUGGGCUGUGCUCUGCCUCCGGAGGCAGCAAUGCUUCUGAACCCCAGUUGCUGGAAACCACAGGAGAGAGGACUCUUGUGCUCAGGUCCUAUUACCUGGUUUCACGCAGGGAUUGUUCCCCACCUGACUGGCCUCACUAUUCACAAAAAUUCAAAGUUCCUUCUUGCCAUUUUAGUCAGUAAACAUAGUGUAUUCAAUUAGGCGCAGCAUAGAGAAAAUCUGUUUGGCCAAUGUGAGAACAGGAUACUGUUUCGGAUGGGCCCCUUGGCCUGAUCCAGUCAGCCUCAUCCUGUGUUCUUAUGGAAACCUCUGGAGGGGGAGUUCAUUUGUACUCGAAUCCUCCUUGCAGGCUUCCCAGCAGACGGCAUAAGGUCUACCACUGAGAGAACAGGAAUGCUUGGCUACAUGGGAUCUCAUUGUGUGCUUACAAGGCCUGAUGCUUCUGAAUGGCAGUUGCUGGAAACCGCACAGCGGGAGAGUAGCUACCUUGCUGCUUUCACCCUGGUGCAUCUGGUUGGCCUCUAUGAGACCAGGAUGCCUCCCUCAUCAAACAGCCACGAUGGCCUCUCAUUUCCUCAGGUGCUGAGAGGAGUGCAGGGCUUCAUGUCGGCCUAGCUCCACUUUAGAAAAGAGGCUGGUGGAGGAGGAGCUGGACAGGAGCCAAGGGCUCCCGGGCCUGGGAUUGGGAAAAGGGAAGGCAAUAGGUGUUGUUUCACCUGAGACAUCAGGUGUACCUGGGCCAUACCAUUGUCAGGUUGCAGGCAGAGGGGUGGGUGGGAUCGCAGGAUUGGCUGCUCCCCCUAUAUCCCUCUAUAUGGGCUUCCCUUGUGCUGAAUCCGUAAUGCUGUGGUGUGAUUAUUGAAAGAAGCGAGGCCUAGUCAGCAUAGAACCAGAAUUUUAGGGGUGGAGGGGACCCUGAGGGUCAUCCAGCCCAACCCCCUACAGUGAAGGAAUCACAGCUAAAGAAUCCUCAACAGGUGGCCACCCAACCUUUCCCCAUAUCAGGGAGACAAGAGACGGCAGGUCCUUAAAGUUUCUGCCUCCAGGUUGAGGUGUUGCAGCCUGGGGAAACCAUUAUUAUAUUAUUACAUUACAUUACAUUUCGUUUUCAUUUCAUUUAUUCGGAGCAUUUUCAUCCCCUCCCGUCAGCCAAAAAGGCUCCCAGAGCAGCUUCAGUGAAAAAUGAAAAUGAGACAUUCUCUGCCCAUGGAGGCUAAGAAUCUUACAAACAAACAAACAAACAAACAAACAAACAAACACAGCACACAAGGAAAACGAGUCGAGGAGGGACCAAAAAUAUCAGAACUCAGACAGCAGUUUCUAAACUGUUGUUGCUGCAGUGGGCAGCUGCCACAGUUCAGGGGCUGAUGGGUCUGUAUUUUUGACAGAAAUGAUGGAAUGAGCCUUCUCCCCAUCUCUCCCACUGAGGCAGCCUGGUGUAAGGGCAACACAAAGUGAUUUACAAUAUUUUAAGCAAAAACAACAACAACCCAACCCCCCCAUACAUACAUGAUAACCAGCAUUUGUGUGUGUGUGUGUGUGUGUGUGUGUGUGUGUGUAUAGGUGUUUGUGUGUGUGUGUGUGUGUGUGAGGGAGAGAGAGAGAGAGAGAGAAAGAAAGGUGUGUCUUUUCCUUAAAAAAAACCCUAUGUUAAAACAUCCCACCCACGCAAAAAGGCGAUAGAUGAUUAAAAGCCAAGGCGUGGCAAAAAAGGAAUUUUUUGCCUGGCACCUAAAGAUGAGUAAUGGUGGUGCCAGGCAAGCCAAAAUAAACUUGGCCAUGAUUCCUGAAUUUUUUGGGGGGCGGGGCGGGGAAACAGGGAUUGGACUAGAUGGCCCUUGGAUCCCCUUCCCCAUUCUCCCCACUUCCCAAUUGUAUUGCAAGCUAGUUGAGUAGCCACAGCGUACCUUCCAUGUGCAGGAAAAUUCUACCUCUAAAUGCCAUGGGCUUGGAAGCUGGCAAGUGGUUGGGGGUAGAAUUCUUCCUUAUUUCCUUCUUCCUCCUGUCUGCUGUGGAAAGUAGAAUAUUGUGGGCUGGAUGGAUUUUUGCUUCCAUCCGAAGUUCUUGAGCAAUCAUGGAGGGCUGAUAUGCAGUGGAGUGGACUCCCUCAGAAGAUGGUGGAUGCCAUUCCUUGAAAGCAGGAUGGCUACCUGUGAAGGGAUUAUUGAGCUGUGAUUCCUAACUUGCAGUAGUUGGGCCAGAUUUUUUUUAAAAUAAUAUUUUAUUUUUUACUAGUUGGGCCAGAUGUCUCUUAGGCUGCCUUCCAACUCUAAAGUUCUACAACCUGCUUCUUCCUCCCCUGUUUGUCGUUGCUGAACAUCCCGCACCUCCUGCCGGCCAGUAGCCUGAGCCCCCUCAGGACUGAGGUCAGAUUUGCUCUCCACCGUUUGCCAGUGGCCCUUGACAAAGGUCUUUUUACAGUAAUGGGCACAACCUUGCGCAGCUGAAUGCUGUCAGUGCAUGAUAUCUCAAUGGGCAACCAGAGAUGGGAAGCUUCCCAGCUUGGCUUUUUAUAGAUGAUGAGGACCAGAGAGAGCCCCCCUUAUGUCAGUAAGCCCCUUCCCCCUUGUGUUGAUGCAGAAUUAAGAGCCUCUCAUUCCCUGCAAGGUGCUCCUUAAUCAUAGUUGUGUAUAGUACAGUUGGAAGGGAUCCCAAGGGUCAUCUAGCCCAACCCCUGGCAGGUGGCUAUCCAACCUCUGUUGGAUGGAGCAGCUCCCCUGUGAGGAAAGGUUUUAGAGUUUGGGACUUUUUGGUUUAGAUAAAAGGUGAGGAAAAGGGAAGGCAUGAUGGAAGAGUACUUAUUCACACAUAAACUAUGGAACUCACUCCCGCAGUAGGCAGUGAUGGCCGCCAACUUGGAUGCCUUUAAGAGAAGAUGAGAGAAAUUCCUUGAGGAGAGGGCUGUUGAUGGCUACUAGCCAGGAUAAUGGCCAUGCUCUGCCUCCACAGCUGGAAACAGCCAUGCUUCUGAAUCUCAGUUGCUGAAGACUACAGGAGGGGAGAGAGCUCUUGCGCUCAAAUCCUGCUUGGGGGUUUUCCAUUAGGGCAACUGGCUGGCCUGAUCCAGCAUGCUCUUCUUAUGUUUCUCUGUUUAAUAUCUGUAGGAAAGGAGGCUGAGAAAGUGAGGCAUGUAAUGGCAGGAAGAGAUAAAGUUCCAUAUAUUUUUAUUAAGAAAUCACCUUCUUUUGUUCUUGCACUCAAACCCAUAAUGGGCAUCUGGUCAGCCACUGUGGGAACAGGAUGCUGGACUAGAUGGGCCAUUGGCCUGAUCCAGCAGAGCUCUUCUGAUGCUCUCUGCUCCAGCUGGGUCCUGUCCUGCCUUUGCAAGCCCUUCUGAACAUUUGCAUUCUUCUUUCUUGCUCUGCAAAACUGCUGUCUCUGCCUGGGCCCCAAAGAGGCAGGGCUGCGAGGGAACUGCUUGGUGCGCUCUCCCUUCCCUUUGAUUAAAAACAUGGUCUCUUAAGCAAGCAGCCCCUGAAAUGGCUGAGACAGGGCAAGUAUGUGUGUGUGUGGAGAUGCAGGAGUGGGAGCGAUUGGUCUUCACUUGGAACAGGAGGGCAGUUUGCAAAUGUGCGUGCUAAUUAAAAGAAAGAGUGUGCAGUUGCCUGCAGGCCUGCCUGCAAACUCAGCUUUGCUUUUGUGAGGAGUGCAAUUCCUUUGUUUAGUUUUGCCACCAACAUGAUCUUGGUCUCCCGUGAGAGGGAAGCAGGGAGUCCAUUUCAGGCCACCUUCCUCUCCCAGGAGAGAAGCAUGUUUUUAAGAUGUUGCUCACUCUGUGUAUGCCCAGACUUUCUUUCUUUCUUUCUUUCUUUCUUUCUUUCUUUCUUUCUUUCUUUCUUUCUUUCCUUCCUUCCUUCCUUCCUUCCUUCCUUCCUUCCUUCCUUCCUUCCUUCUUUUUGGAGCAAGGUUUGCCUCCCAGUUAAGGGAGCUUGAUGGCUGUACACCAGGAAAGGAAUUGAAAAUAAAACUACUGGUAACCUAAUAAUUCCAUUAGAUAAAUCUCUUGGUGCCAACCACACUUGCAAUAUACUCUGUACGGUUCUGGUUGCCUCACUUGAAAAAGGAUAGUGCAUGGUUGGAAAAGGGCAACCAAAAUUAUCAAGGGGACAGAGCGACUCCCCCGUGAAGAAAUGUUGCCGCAUUUGGGAUUUUUGUAGCCUAGAGAAAAGGCAAGUAAGUGGUGACAUGCCUGGCAUUGAGAAAGUGGGUAGGGAAAAGUUCUUCUCCCUCUCACAGAACACCAGAAUUCAUUGGCAUCCCAAGAAGCUGAAUGUUGGAAGAUAAAAUGAAGGAUUUCUUCACUUAGUACGUAGUUAAACAACGUCACUUGCUCCCACGGGAGGCAAUAAAGGCCACCAACUUGGGUGGCUUUAAAAGAGGAUUGGACAAAUUCAAGAACAGUGUUAUUGGUGGCUGCUAGCCAGGAUAUCUACGUAUUCUGCCUGCACUGUUGGAGGCAGCAAAUGCUGCUGAAAGCCACAAGAGCAGAGAGUGAAUCUUGUGCUCAAAUCCUGUUUGUGGGUUUUGCACGAGGGGCAUUUAUUUGGCCACUGUGAGAAGAGGACACUGGAGUAGGUGGGCCGCUGGCCUGAUCCAGUAAGCUCUUUUGUACAAGCUUGUCUUAGCCUCCCCCAGGCCAAGACUUUGCCCUGCAGAAAUAGGUUGACCAGAGGCCACCGAAAGGCACACAGAUGCCUGACUUGUCAGCGAGGCAGCACUGAAAAGCUGCCCUUAACUCAGGAGUCCCCAUAAUUUGCUUAUGCUCCUGAAAAUGUGCAAGCAGCUAAAAGUGGUAGGAGGAAAGUGUGAUCCUGGAGGCUGGUUUCUCUUUUCCUAAAAAGGAUCCUAGAAUUGUCCAAACCCCUGCAAUUCAGCAAUCACAGCUAAAGGAAUCCCUGACAGAAGAUCAACUGACCUCUGUUUAAAAAUCUGCAAUGAGGGAUAGUCCAGUAUUUUCCAAGGGACUGUGUUCCUCUGUGGAAAAGCUCUUACCUUCAGAAAGUUUUUUCCUAAUGUUCAGUUGGAAUCUCCUUGUUUUUGAAUCUGGGUCCUCCUGUCCGAUGCUUCAGAAAACAAGCUUGUUCCAUCUUCAGGUGGCUUUUAUCUACAGUUUAUGUCCAGGCUACCUGGAAGACUGUAUUCCUGCAUAUGAAUCUGCCUGGGCUUUGAGAUCUUUGGAGGAGGCCCUUCUCUCAGUCCCACCACCCUCAACUUGGUGGUGUUGCAGGAAAGGGCCUUCUCACUGGUGGCUCCUCUUAGACAGCUUAGGAAUUCCCUCCCCAGAGAAGCCAGACUGACUCCCUCCUUGCUAUCCUUCUCCCAGCAGGUGAAAACCUUGUUUCAACAGCCUGCUUGGGGACUGGCUGCUUUAGUGAAACGCCUGGUGCUGUGCUGCUUUUAUUGUGAUUAUAUGUUUUUAAUAGAGCUUUAUUUAUAUCUAUAUUAGAUGCAAUACGGUUUAUUCCAAAUUAUAUAUGUCAUUUUAAUUAUAUUAAUGUUUAAGUGUUUUUAAAUUAUUGCUUCUCCUUCCCUGUGUUUUUAGCUAUUCUUAUUUUAUUUGUAAGCCGCCUUGAGUUCCUUUCAGGAAAAAGGGCAGGGGAUAAAGAAAUUGAUGAUGAUGAUGAUGAUAUCACCUCUCAGCUCUUCUCUGAGCUAAAGUGCUGAAAUUGUAUGAUAUUGGCUAUCUGUAUUCCUAACGACUCCUCUACAGGGUAGGACACUGUGUCUGGGCUAUUGAAAUGAAUCUGCAUCUGGUCGCCCCCCCCCCCCCCCGGCAACUCCUGCUUUCAGAGUCCUUUUUUUGUCUGCCAGUAAAAUAUAUCUGGAAGGAAGAAAUGGGAGACUGAACCAGUAACUUGAAAGAAAGCUCACCCAAUUAAAAAUGGAAGAAACCCCCCCGCAAAGGGUAAAAAGCAUAAAAUUACUUUUGUUACGAAAAAUAUAUAUGCAGUUACAGUGAUUCAUAGGAAAUGCAAUAAAGGUUGUAUCUCUGCGUAACUGUUGCCAAAUACUUCAAAGUAGGCAGACGCACUUAGGGUGAGUGUCAGUGAAAUGAUCUUGGAGGCGAAGUCCAGGAUAAAACCGGUUAUAGAUUUCCUACCCAGCUGUGAUGGGGGGCGGGGAGAGAAAGUUCAGAAACCCCUAAUCCGAUCUGUGAGUUACUGUGCACAGUACUGGGCAACUCACCUCAAAAAGGAUCAUAGAAUUGUGGAGUUUGAGGGGAACCCAAGGCUCAUCUAGUCCAACCCCCUGCAAUGUAGGAAUUCGCAACUGCACUGCAGAGUUGGAGAAGGUUCAGAAAAGGGCAGCUGAGAUGAUCAAGGGGUUGGAGUGAUGCCCUGAUGAAGAAAGAUUGCAGCGUUUGGGACUUUUCGGUUCAGAGGAAAAGCAGGGAAGUGGCAAUAUGGCGGCAGUUUAUAAAAUUAUUCAUGGCCUGGAGAAAGUUGGAGAGAGAAAUGUUUUAUUCCUCUCAUGACGCCAGGACUCGUGGACAUCCAGCAAAACUGAAUGUUGGCAGAUUCAGGACAGAUAAAAGAAAUUCUUCCUUAGUUACGCUCCUGCAGGAGGGCAGUGACGGCCACCGACUUGGAUGGCUUUAAAAGAGGAUUAGACAAAUUCAUGGAGGAAGAGAGGGCUAUCAAUAGCCACAAUGGCUGUGCUCUGCCUCCAAAGAUGGAGACAGCGUAUUGUUGGAAACCCCAGGAGGGGAGAGCGCUGCUGUGCUCAAAUCCUGCUUGUGGGUUUCCCAUUAAGGGCAUCUGUCUGGUUAGGCAAUGUGGGAUGAAGGCGCUAGCCGAGAUAGCCCUUUGGUCUGAUCCAGCAGACUCUAAAUCAGAGGGCAUCUCCACCUGCCUUCCAGCCCCUACCUGAAUACUGGCAUGUUGGAAUUUGAACUGUUUUUCCACAAGGGGUUGCCAGCCUGCUGUGGCCCCACUCUUUGCUGGGAGCCUGCUGCUGGCAUCCCCAUAUACCUUCUGGGAUCCCCUCCAGCCUCUCUAAACUUGUAGAGUGUCCCUGAUCCAUUCCUGCCCUCAGACUCUUUCUCUCUGAGCAGGACUUUGGUUCCAGAGAGACGACUGGAAUAAUUAUUGCAGAUCAUUUCCCACUUUAACAGGGUCCUGCUGGAUUGCUUAGUCUGCUGAACGCAUUGCUCAUUCUCCCCUCUCAAUUUCUGAAGCCUUCCUCAUUCCAACAAUUAUUAUUUUUUUCCACCCAGUGGGAUCGUAUUUCUGCUUUAAGAGCUUUAAACCCCCUGCAAAGAAACACUCUAGAAUUGUUGCACAGAAUCAAAGAAUUUUAGGGUUGGAAACAACCCCCAAGGGUCAUCUAGUCCAACCAACUGCAAACAACGAAGCGUUAGGCAGAACCUUCUGAGGGCGAUAGCCAUUGGGCAGUGGAACAGGCUCCUUUGGAACAGGGGCCUUUGGAAGGUGGUGCGCCUUCCUUCGCUGGAAGUUCUUAAGCAGAGGUUGGAUGGCUACCUGUCAUGGAUGCUUUAGUUGAUAUUCCUGCAUUGCAGAGGAGCGGACUUAGAUGAACAUUGCAGGUUACCCUCCAACUCUACAAUUCUACAUUCUAGGUUAGGGUGGUCCACAUUUUCAUAACAACUAGGCCACAAGAGUACUUCAUCAUGGAACCUGCCUUGUUGCACCAUGGUGGUGCAGGAGAGUGGCCAGAAUUUGACACCCUUCCACCUCCUUUCCAAAGCCCAGAGCCUGCCCCACUCACCAGGCUUUGGGAAGGCAGCUUGAAGGAGGGAGGGGGGCAUCAAAUGUUGUGGAAGGCUGCAUGUCGGACCACCCUGAUUUACAUGGUUUGGGCCAUUCUCCCUCGAGGCCCACCAGAAUAUGUUUUGCCCUGCGAGCCUGGAUCUGUAUCUGCACUCUGAGCAUCCCCACUCCCAGCUGUCAAGGCUGGCAGGGUGGUGUGUUUUCUGCAAAGGCCUCCUCUCUCUCACCUCCCUGCCCCCUAGCUCUGGGUGAUGGAUUGGCCCUUGAAAAGGGGGCCCUCCCACAUUCCACCCCAUUGAAAAGGGCUUGACAAGUAAUGAACUCCCUUUCCUUUUCAGAGGCUCCGAGCUUGUGUGACCUCGUUUCUUUGUCUAUGAGGCAAAUGUGAUUGGAUGAGGCCUGCUCCCUCUUCCUUCCUCCCCCCACUCCAGGUGCUGCUGCCCUCCCUCCCCAAAACCUGGAGAUAAUAGGGCAACUCCGGGUCCCCUUUAUUUGAUGGGCACAAACUCCCUGGUGCUAGGGGUCAUUAGGGAAGGAAUUGAAAAUAAAGCUUCCAGUAUCGCAAUGCAUUAUACAAAUAUUUGGUGUGUUUGGAAUAUUUGGUCAUGUCACCUCAAAAUGGAUAUUUGGAAAAGUUUCAGGAAAGGGCAACCAAAACUGUCAAGGGGACGGAGUGACUCCCCUGUGACAGACAGCCACCCAACCUCUGCUUAAAAACUUCCAAAAGAGAAGAGUUGCAGUGCAUGAAGAAAGGUUGCAUUGUUUGGGACUUUUUAGUUUAGAGGCCAUAUGAGUAAGAGGCAAACAUGAUAGAGGCCUAUGAAAUUAUCUGUGGCCUAGAGAAAGUGGACACCCAUCAAAGCUGAAUGUUGGGAGAUUCAGGAGAGUUAGAAGGAAAGACUUCUUAGUUAAACUGUGGAACUCACUUCUGCAGGAGCUCAUGAUGGCCUCAGACUUGGAUGGCUUUAAAGCAGGAUUAGACUUCAUGGGGGAGAAGGCUAUUAAUUUCUAUUGGCCACAGUGGCUAUACUCUGCCUCCACAGUUGGAGGCAGGAAUGCUUCUGAAUACUCGAUAAUUCUGAAUAUCCUUAACACGCCAUUUUCAGAAUGGUUUUACCAUCAAGAAAGUUCUUCUUGUUUAGUCUGAAUCUCCUUUAUUUUAACUUGAAUCCAUUGGUUUGGGUCUUCUACCCUGGAGCAUCAGAAAACAAACUGGAAGGGACUCUGGGGGUCAUCUUAGUCCUUUGCAAUGCAGGAAUCACAGCUUAACCGUCUAAGUCUUGGUUUCCAGAUCCUUGAUCAUCUUGGUUGCCUUCUGCUGCACACAGUCAACCUUGCCAACGUGCUUCUUGAAUAUCCUCCUUGUAACUUGAACCCAUGGAUUCCUAAUUAUAAGAAGGGAAAUUCCAACUGUACAUCAGGGGGAACUUUCUGACAGUAAGAGCCGCUUGACAGUGGAAUGGACUCCAUUGGGAGGUUGUGGACUCCCCUUCCAUGGAGCAUUUAAAGCAGAGGUUGGGUGGCCAUCUGUCAAGGAUGCUUUAAUUGUGAUUCCUGCAUUGCAGGGAGUUGGACUAGAUGACCUUCAGGUCCCUUCCAACUCUACAAUUCUAUGAUACUUAGAAUUUUGGGUGCCCAGAACCAGCACUCCCAGUGGGGUCUGAUCAAAGCAGUAUAGAGUAGUGCUGUGAUUUUUCUUGAUCGGGACACUUGAGUUCAGUUAAUACAGCCUGUAAUUGCAUGAGCCUUUUUUUGCUGUUGGCUCGUGUUAAGCCUGUGGUCCCCCAAGACAUCAUCUUCCUUCUCACAUGUCCUGCUAUAAAGCCGGGUGCGCCCCCCCCCCCAUAUUUUGGCAUCUGAUUAUUCCUGACUAAAUGCAGAACCUGGCAUUUGCCCCUAUUGAAAUCACCAUAUUUUUCCACGCAUAAGACGCCCCCAUGUAUAAGACGUCCCCCUAUUUCUGGGUACUCCAAAUUAAGAAAACACCCCUCAGCACUACCCGUGUAUAAGACGAGCCCCAAUUUUAAACCUAUUUUUUUUAAUAAAAAGAAACCUCGUUUAUACACAGAAAAAUACGGUAAUUGGAUGAGCUGUAGCCCAGUUCUCUGGUCUGGGACUCCUUCGCUCCAUUUGGGCUUGGAGGUCCCUGUGGGUCAUUCUGACCUGGGUAUCUCCACUUAGAAAUUUAUCCCCACAUUGCUUAUGCUGAAUCUGCAACUCUCUGAUUUGCUUAAUGAAUGUUUCGUGCCAGUACAAGCCUGGAAUUCGCUUUGAGCGUUGCACAUGGCCAAUGAGUCACUUAUUUUAGAAUGAGGAAUAAAAAUUGGAAACUACAUUGAAGCAGGAGGAGGCUGUCUCAGCUCAAUGCAUCAGCAAGCAGCCUGUUCCUUGAGGAGCCACAGAUCCCAGGGGAGGGUCAUUCUCACUAAGGGCCCCCAAGAGUGGGUUUGGGCCCGAGUGAAUUCCACCCAGGUCCCCCAACAAAUGCAGACCAGCUAAAAACCCUUACGUGGGAUUUGUAUUGAUGUACAAGCCCCCACUCCAAGCAACUAUGCCCUGCUUAUUAUACAAAUGAAACAUGGAAUAGGAAAAGAAAACAAUUAGCCAGAAAGUGCAUAUAAAAAAUAUAAACGUUUAAAAGAAACUUUUUUGUUCUGUUUGGGGUUUUUUCCGCAAUAGAUUUGUGAUGAUCCAUGUUAAGCAUUGGAAAGGCAUAAAAAAGUUCUCUAAAUUGGCUCCAUAUUCCGUGUGACAGCCCUUCAGAUAUUUGAAGGUGGCUCUCAUAUCCCCUCUCUGCCAGCUCUUCCCCAGAAUAAACAUGUCCAGCUCUCUCUUUCAUGGAAUUAUAGAAUUGGAUGGGGCCACAAGAGUUAUCUAGUAGUCCAACCCCCUACAAUGCAGAACCCACAGAUAAACCAUUCCUCAUAGGGCUUGGCUCCCAGACCCUUGAUGGUCAUGGUUGCCCUCCUCUGCACACCUUCCAGCUUAUCAAUAUCCGUCUUGUUUUAACACUGUAAGUAUUUGCACAUGGAUAUCUGUAUUUGCUUGGAACUGUUUGGAACCUCUCCAAAUACUUUUGGUUUGGGUUGGUUAGGAGAGAACUGUGUUAACCUCUAAUUUCUGCUGUCUCUCUGAGGGCGAGUCUUGUCUUUGUCUUUUACAAGCUCAGCAAUCCCAUUUUCCUGUUCCCUGGAGAUCUGCUGAACCCACUCAGGUAGAAAGGACGUCUGAGGUUUAAAAAUAGACCCCACAGAGGUAGAGGCAGGUUAGAGACCUCUCCCGCUGAAAGAAACUGAGCAGCUGCAGUCGGAGCCAAUAAUAGCUCUCAUCGUCGUGAUUGCCAAUUAAAUGUAUUCCUUUCCAUAAAAUUUAAGCCCCGCUUGAUUGUAGAAAACCUCAAAGCGGUUUGCAAAAAGACUAAAAAUCAAUAGGGUGAUUGGUAAAAAUGGUUGAAACAUUCAAUUAAACUAAAAAAAACACACAUCGUCAUUCCAGGUAACAGGGUAAGGUUUGUCUUAAACAAAAAAUGUUUUUAGCAGGCAUUGAAAAAUGUACAGCGAAGGUGCCUGCCUGGUAUCAAUAGGCAGGGAGUUCCAAAGUUUGGCUGCUUCCACACUAAAAUAUUGAUUUAUUAUUAUCAUUACUAUUAUUGCUAUUACUAUUAAUACCAGUUCGGGAUUCAAGAUAAAAUAGAAGAAGCUCAAAACGCAGGAAAUUACAUUAAAAUGUAAUUGCACACUAAUAGAAAUUAAAAUGAUAUUGAGAAAGAUCCAUUAGAAACAUGGGCAACAACAAUAGAAACAGUAAAUGGUAUAGUGAAGGUGUCUGCCUGGCAUCAAAAGGCAGGGAGUCCCACAGUGUAGGGGGCAGCACUAUAAAAGAGUUGAGUCCUUACAAAUGUGGAAUGGGGAUUAUGUGGUACCUGUAAAGGACUGCCGCAGUUGUGUGGGCUCCAGUGGGGUAAGGCAAUGUCACAGGUAAAUUGGUCCUAAAUUAUUAAGGGCUUUGUAUAUAGGCAGUGACCAUUUUAUGCAUGUCCAAUUGAUAUGCAAUCACACACUUGUUGCUGCCGACAAUGAAGUGGACCAAAAAUGGGGUGGGGCGGAAUGGAACAUGGGUGUGUGUGUGGCUUAUGUGUCUUCCGCUGAUGCGCACUGGGGUCAGGAACAGAACCCCCAUGCAUAAUGGUCGCCACCUGUACCACUUGAACUCAUCCUAGUAGCAAAUGGAGAACCAGUGCAGAUCUUUUGAGUACUGUAUAGGGAUUAUAUAUACAACAAGGCCUUGCAGCAACUGGGCUGCAGAAUCCUGCUCUGGCUGCAGCUUCUGGAUCCAGCAUGACAAAAGCCCCACCAAGAGCCCAUUGCAGUGCAGUGGUACCUCCAGUUAUGGACUGGAUCCGUUCCGGAGGCAUGGCCGUAUCCUGAAAAGUGCGUAACCGGAGGCGCCCUUCUGCGCACGUAUGCACGUGGCACAAUUGAGCGCUUCUGCGCAUGCGCGCGUGGCGAAACCUGGAAGUAUACAGUUCCGGGUUUGCCGCAUUUGCAACCUGAAGUUUACAUAUCUAGAGGGAUACGUAAGCAGAGGUAUUCCAGUCUUGAAGGAGCUGAUUUUAAAGGGAAUGUAAGGAUCUUAGCUAAGGGCCAGCAGCGGCGCCUGCAAGGACCGGAAGGAGCCUCUUGCUCGCUGGGGAUCAGGUUUUGCAAACGGCAAGCUCAGAAUGGUCACGGCCUCCACUUCACAAGGCCUCUCCUGGGAAAUGGUUGCCAUGGAGAAAAUCCUCCCAGUUCACGGCUGCGACAGAAGGCUGGGUUUGUUGACAUGCAAAGUUGUUUUCUGUGUGGUGGCGGACAUUUUGGGAAACCUCUUUUCUCUCUUUCUCUUUUUCCCUCCUUUCUUCCUCUUUCUCUUUGUCUCUCACUUUCUCUUUCCCCCCUCCCUUCCCUCUCUCCCUCCCACUCACUAUCUCUGGUUGAAUCCAGCCUAGGAAGCACUUCAAAUUAAACUUUGGAACUCUCUCCCACAGAAGGCAGGAGUGGCCACCAAUUUGUAGGGCUUUAAAAAAGGAUUAGGCAAUUUUGUGGGGAGAGGGCUAUUGUUGGCUUCUAGCCAGGAUAGCUAUUCUCUGCCUCCAUGGUCAGAGGCAGUAAAUACUUCCAAAUACCAGUUGCUAAUAUCUAGAUUCCUAGAGGUUUUGACUACUGUAAGAACAGGAUGCCGGACUAGGUGGGGAAAAUGGGCAAGAGACCUGAGCUCUAAGUGCCCAGUAUAUUUAAUAGCAUUGAUUUGAGGACCACUGUCUGUAACUCAUGUGGACGGACUCUUUGCAUUGCAAUUAUAUCCCACCUUUUUUCCUCCCAAGGAGCUCAUGGUGGCAUACGUAUUUCUCUCCCUACAACAGCUCCUUGAGGGAGGUUAGGCAGAGAAGGGCAGUGAUUUGGCCCCUAAGGUCAGUCACCCAAGUGAGCUUCAUGGCUGAGUGGGGAUUUAAACCCUGGUCUUUCCCAGGUCCUAGUCCAGGGGUCUGCAACCCGCGGCUCCGGAGCCGCAUGUGGCUCUUUUACACCUUUGCCGCGGCUCCGGGGCGGAUACUAGCGAGGGGAGGAGGCGCAUUGUGCGCCCCGACACUCCCCACUGUGGCGGGCGCUGUACUGGCUGUGACGUCGCAUGGGGGCGGUGCGUGUGUUAGACACACACCGUCCCGACGUCACCUUCCCGCCUGCCCACCUGCUACAUUGUAAGGGGCAUGUACGCUGGUCACUGCAUUGAAAGGGGGCAUGUACGCUGGUCACUGUUUUGAAGGGGAGUGAAGAACACACGCACACACACACAAAAAGGUAACUUGUUAAUUUAAUGUUUAUUUCUAUGAGGAGGAGUAAUUCUGAGGGGUCAAACAAAGAAAUAAUAAAAAAGUGACAAAAAAGUUAUUUUUAUAAUGACGAGUUUUGCGGCUCCCAGUUUUUUUUUCUUCGGAAAUGGGUCCAAGUGGCUCUUUUUGUCUUAAAGGUUGCAGACCCCUGUCCUAGUGCUUUAACCACUAUAACACACUGGCUUAAAAGGUGCUUGCCCAGAUGUGAGGAUUUCACAAAAAGAAAAACAACCCUGUUUAUGUUUGCCUCAAGAGAAUGCAGAACAGAAAUGCGACCUGAGGUUUCCCCCCCGCUUCCUUCCUUAAAUUCGGCUACACGGGGAAGCAGAAUAGUCCGCAAUAGCGCCCUGAAACAAAGUGCUUUUUAAAUUUAUUGCAUGUUUUUAUUUCUUACAGAUAUAUUGAGGCACAUGGUUACUCAGCGCCUCCAUAGAAUUCUAGAAUUGUAGAGUCAGAAGGGAUUCCCCAAGGGUCAUGUGGCCUAAAGUCCUGCAGUGCAUAUAUUGUUAAGUUUUGUAUUGUUUUUUGUGUGUGUUGUUUUUCUUUUUUUUGUUGUUUAAAACUUUAAUAAAAAAAAAUAAAAUAAAGUCCUGCAGUGCAGGAAUCACAGCUCAAGAAUCCCUGACAGGUGGCCAUCAGGGUUCAGCAUUGCAGAUGGGGAGAGUGAUUCACUAUCUGGACAGUCCAUUUCACGAGCCUUCAAAGCCGUUUGCUGUUUUUCCCUUUGACUGUCCUUUAAUCUGGAUUUAUGGCUGGAUUUAUUGAGCUUUUGAAUGAUUGCAGGUGCAGCAACUGUUGCCUUACAGAGGUUAUAGGAAUACUUGCUUGUUUUAUUUUGAACUGUGAGAGUCAGUUUUAAAAUCUGUUGCUGGGCACUAAAAUGAAAAGAAAGAAAGAAAAGAAAUCCCCUAUAGCUGAAUGGGCAGCUCCUUGGUUGGAUCACAUAUGAAGAACUUUGAUUUUUCUCUUCUCUUCCCUUGUGUGUCUUUUUGAUUGUAAGCCUGUUUUGACGGCAUGUAAGGCCCUCUGGGAGCCUUCUUGGCUGAAGAGUGGGGCACAAUUGCUGUAAGAAACAGAAAUUGGAGAGCUGGAAGGAGAUCCCAUGGGUCAUCCAGACCAACUCCCUGCCAUGCAGGAAUUACAGCUAACAUAAGGCAAACCUUCCUGGAUCAGGUCACUGGGCCAUCUAGUCUGGCAUCCUGUUCUCACACUUAUCCCUGUGCGACGCCCACAAGCAGGACCCAAAUGAAGAGCCCUUUCCCUCUCCUGUGGCUUCCAGCAACUGGUACUUUGAAGCAUUGCUGCCUCCAACUGUGGAGGCUGAGCACAGUCAUCAUGGACAGCAGCCAUCAAUAGCCCUCUCCUCUGUCCUCUUUGCUGCUGCAUCACACUGUUGACUCAUGUUAAGUUUUUUGGUCUACCAGAAGACCCACAAAUCCUUUCCAUAUGGAGUGAUGUCAAUCCAGGAACCCCCAGUGAAUGAAUGAAACAAGCAAUGAAUGGAACCUGGUAACCGAACACGACUGCCCAAAGAUCAAGCCAAAUGGCUGGGAGGGGUUGAUGGCACACCCAGAUAUGAUUUGCAAUUGCUCAGUGCUACCAUGUGGUCAUGUUGCUGUAGCUGUGAUACCUGCAAGGUAGGGAGUUGGACUAGAUGAUCCUUGGGGUCCCUUCCACAUGUAGAACCCCAUGAUACUGUCACAUGAUCACAAAUCGCAGUGAGUGAAACAAAAGACGUACAGGAGGCUGAAAUCUGAAGCCACGGGUGCAUCGCCAAAAAUUUUGAUUGUACGAAUAAUCUUUGCUAAGUGAAAAAGGCUGUAUUUAUUUCCUUGCCAGUUCAGUGUAUCCUUGAGGAAUCAAGCCCUUUUCUGCUGCAGGAGAAAGGUUUUUGGUUGUUUUUUUUUUGCAAUUGGGGAUGCCUGGCCACCCUCCAGGAAGACGGGUGACCCCUGUUUUCUGAGGGAGCUCAGUAUGAAUUUAUAGGUGUUCUGGGAAGGCCAAAAUGGUGACUAGAUCAGCAGCUUGUGUGCCUCCUGCCUGUCUCUGCCAAAACAAACAAGAAGGUUUUUGGCCUCCUCCAGAGUUCCCAACACUUGCUGGGGGAGACAGAGGGAAGAGCAGCUAGGAAAUCUGGAUGUUUGUCGUCCUCUCUGGUAAGAACCUGCCACUUGCGAUGUGUCAAUUCACUGUUGCUAAGGUUUCCAUGCACCUGAUAUGUGUGCAAAACCCAGAACCAGAUUUCCUGGCUUCUUGUGAACCUGCACUUUGGGUGGCUUUAACCUCCAAGUCCUUAAAGAGUCCUAUGUUCAGUUCUGGUCACUCCAGUUUAAGAACCAUAGAAUUGUGGAGGGACACCAAGGGUCAUCUAGUCCAACCCUCUUCAUUGCAGAAUUUACAGCUAAAGAAUCUGACAGGUGGCCACCCUACUUCUCCUUAGAAGGAUAUUGACAAGCUGCAAGGUGGUUAGAGGAAGGAGACAGUGUUAGAAACUCAGGUACAUAAACUAAUCACCAAAUGCCACCUUAAGCCUAAGUUAUGGUCACUACAGUGGAAUGUCUAGGCAUCAUUUCCCCAUGGAUGAAAAUUCUUCUUUCAUUUAUAUAUCACUUUAUAUACUUUGAAAGAAACUCAAAGCAGUUUGCAACACAUUAAAACAUCAAACAAAACGAUCCAGAAUAAAACAAAUUCAAGCUUCAAGGAGCAUAUCUGAGAUCCUUCUGUAAGUGACAAUUUGCUUUCCCUUAUUUAUUAGCUACUUAAUUUAUAUAGUUGCCACAUAGCAGAAGUACUCCAGGAAGCCAGUGUGGUGUAGUGAUUUGAUUUUGGACCAGAACCUGGGAGUUCAGGGUUCAAGUCCCCACUCAGUCAUGAAGCUCACUGGGUGACCUUGGGCCACCCCCAACUUCCUAACCUACCUCAUAGGGUCUUUGUAGGGAGAGGCUUGAACCAUGUACUCCUUGGAGAAAGAGGUGGGAGAGGAAUGCAAUAAAUAACCUCUUCUGCUUACCUGGUUAAGAAAAUUGGAGGGGCCUGCCAAAUGCAGGUAUCAGUCACCAUCCUGGCACCCAGAGAUCUCCAUGAGGUCACAAUUGGACCCAUGCCAGUCGCAAAAUGCACCUGGCACAUGGGAAAUUUCUAACACUGGAGAGAGAUCGAGAUGAUCUAGGGGGUCUUAGUGGAAUGCAAACCUAACUUUGGUCGGCAGUGUGAUGCAGAAGCAAAAAAAGGUUUCUGCCCCAUUUUCCCAUUGAGGCUCUGCGAAGCCUCAGAACUGGGGAAGACACUUUGGCAUGCCAAAAAAAUCAAAUUACUCUCCCCUGAGUUGGAAUAAAUCUCAUUUCUCCUAUCUGAAUUCUGCACUACUCCUUCCCUUCUCUCCUCCCUCCUUUCCCAAAUCAGAAGCCAUAAGCUACUUCAGGGAGGGGACAAAAAGGGGUAUUAUGGUCUGCUCUUAGAGAGGGAGUUGUUCAUCCUGCCGUUUUCUCCCACCUGUUGAAUUGCAAGGAGAUUUUUUGGGGUGGGGUGCACACACUUGGAUCUCCUCCCCAGUGUUUGAAGUUAGCCAGGCACCAGGUGCAUUUUGCUACUGGUGCGGGUUCAAUUGCGACCUCAUGGAGAUCUCUGGAUGCCGGAUUGGUGACUGACAUCUCCAUCUAGCCUUCCCCCUCCAGCUUUCUUAAGCAGUUAAGCAGAAGAGCUUGUUUAUUGCAUUUAUACCCCACUGUUUUCUCCAAGAAGUAAAGGGUUCAACCCCCCCCACCCCCCCACCCCACCCCAGGUUAAAUCCCGCAAUGACCCUCUGAGGUAGGGUAAAAGGCUGUGACUGACUCACUCCAAAGUCACCCAAUGAGCUUCAUGACUGGGGAUUUGAACCCUGAUCUCCCAGGUCCUAGUCUAACACACUAACCACUACACCACAGUGACUCCCUAGGGUAUUUAUGCUAUGGGGCAGCUCUAUAAAUUAACUAGGUAAAUCAGUAUAGAGAAAGUAAAAUGACAUUUACAGAAGGAACUGAAAUAUUUACCUUGAAAUAUUCUGAAUGGUUUGAUUUGGUGUUUUAAUGUGUUAUAAACCACUUCGAGAUUUUUUCUUUAUAGUGGCAUAGAAAUGAAAUCAACAAAAACAAAUUUCACCAGGGGGAAAAUAGCAUCAAGACAUUUCAUUCUGGCAGCUGUAACACAUAGAUUUAAGGUGCCGUUUGGCAAUUAGCUUAAAUAUAUUGAGUUUCUAACACUGCUCCCCCCCCCCCCCGGCAGCUGGCUGUUGGAGGUUUUUUUUUUUGUAAAUGACUCCAGUGAAUUUUGUCACCCUGCUACAUUAAAUGUUUCAUGGCAGUGCAGCAUUAAAAGUAGUUUAAAAUAACAUACAACAACGAGAGGUAAAAUGAGAGAGUGUGUGGUAUAGUGGUCAGAGUUUUGGACUAGGUUGGACAUGGGAGAUCAGGGUUCAAAUCCCCAGUUGGACAUGAAGCUUACUAGGUAUGAACUUGGGGCAAGUCACUGCCUCCCAACCUAACCUACCUUACAGGGUUGUGGGGAUUGGAUGAGGAAGGGGAGGACUAUGUUGGACAUCUUAGCUUGGAGGCAGCAAUGCUAAUUGUUGGAAACCACAGGAGGGGAGAGUGCUUUUCUGCUCAAUUCCUGCUUGGCCAUGGUGAGAAUAGGAUGCCCUAUUCUGCAGGUCUGUUAUGAUGCUGUAGUUCAGGGGUCGGCAAGGUUUACCUUGCCUAGGAUGGUUCACUCCAGCGGAGAUCCCUCCAUGGGCCGGAUAGUGCACGCACCCGCAGUUUUCGCCGUCUGCACAUGCGCAGAUGCGAUUGCCAUGGGGACUCGCCAAACGGGUGGCUCGGGGGUUGGUUAAACGACCCCCAUGGGCUGCUUGUGGCCCAUGGGCCUUAGGUUGCCAACCCCUGCUGUGGUGGAAUCUCCAAUUCCAUAGAUUCCUAGGUCGCUUGGGGUAUUUGGGCACUGUGAGAAGGGGAUGCUGGACCAGAUGAGCCACUGGUCAGUUCCUACGGUACGAUUCUAUGUUCUCACAAUACUCUUUGGAGACUAGACUCCUAAUCAAGUUCCCCGACUACUUUUGCUGCCGAGAUUCACCCCAUCUUCCAAACCAGGUGCUCAGCUGCCAAUGCUGACAUUAGAUGCCAAAGAAAUUCUUUGCUUUGGAAGCUGGAUGUGUGUGUGUGUGUGUGUGCUGCCUUCCUCUUUGGCUUUCUCUUGGGAGUCAAGUAAGGAGUGGGAAUCAUGCUGGGUCGAGCCACCUUCCCAUCUAACUUUCCCUCCCCCUCCCCGAAAAUCAUUGGAGAAGGGGCUCCAUAGGCCUCCAUAAGCCAAAUGCAAACAGAGGAACCUGAUCCCCUUCUGUCAGAUCAUUUAACUGGUGUUUGGAGCCCUGCUGCUUUGCAAAGGAAUCUAUGCUCAUUUGGAAUUUUGGGUGGUGGGAGGGGGAAAGGUUUUCUCUGGCGGGGAGCCUGCAAGAAGAGCCAGAACAUGUGUGCGUGUGCGUAAAGCACAUUCUCCUUUGUGCUUUCUGAAAGCAUAACCAGGGAGCUUGGGAAGCUUUGUGCUUUUGGAUGCAGUUUAGGGUGGAGAGAGAAGAGGACUUCUGGUUUCCCUUAUAGAAUAUAGAGUCAUGGAAUUGUAGAGUUGGGAGGGAGUUCCAACAGUCAUCUAGAGAAGCCUCCUACAAUGCAGGGAUCACAGCUCAUGAAUCUCUCUGACAGGUGACCACCCAACCUCUGUUUCAAAGCUUCCAAUGAAGGAGAGUUAUUGUUAUUAACUGUUAAGGUCAUCUUGAGUCCGCAUUCUAUCUUCUGCAGUAUUGGUUACCCCUCCCAGAUUGGUGUCCCCUGAAAAUUUGAUGAGCAUACUGUCAAUUCCUUUGGGACAGUAGUAGCCAGAUUUUGGAAUCAUCAGAUUUUUCUUCUACUACAACUAUUUCUGUUGGACUUUAUUGUCCUUGAUCUGGACAGUGCACUUCUGAUGAUACAGCCUAGAAUUGCACUAGCCUUUUUUUUUUUUUUUUUGCUGAUACAACACACUGUUGAAUCAUAUUGACCUUGUGGCCUAAUAGGGCCCCUGAAUCUUUUCCACAUGUCCUUCCGUCAAGCCAGGUGGCCCCGCAUCUUAUAUUUGUGCAUCUGAUUUAUUCCUGCCCAGGUGCAAAAACCCUUCUCUGUGCUUGCUUUUUCCUUUCCUUCCCAGUCUGGGGUAGGGAAUCUCCUUUCUUUAGCAAGUUCCCGUUUGCAGGGGCGAAAUGUCGUUCAUGUCUUUAUUUAUUUCAUAAAAUUAUACACCGCUUGAUUAAAAAAAGAAGAAACACUUCAUUUUUAAAAAAAUGAUAUUUAUUGAAAAUUUUUAGAAUUACAAAAAAGAACAAAGCAAAAAAAAGAAAGAAAAAACAAAGAAAAAACAAACCACAUCAAACAAUACAAAUUCAAAAAACAAAAAUACACCACAAACACUCAAAAACAAGUCCAUCAUUCUCAAAUCCUCAACUGUCAUUACCUUCUUUCUUUGGGCUCCUCCUCCUCCCUUUUUUGUAUCCUAGUUGUUAAUUGUUGCAGCAAAUCCUUUCCAUAUUUCAUAAUAUUCUGUCAUUACAUUACCUUAAUCUAUUUUAAUCUUAUCUUACUAUAAAAAACCUUAAAACUUAAAUCUUAUUUUUACCAACUUCUCAUAACCAUAAUAUUCUUACAUAAUUCUUUAAACAUUUUUGCUAAAGCCAAGUUAUUUCGUUCCAACAUUUUUCUAACAUUCAUCAAUUUUAUAAAACAAUCCUAGUAGUAGAAAAAAGAAAUAAAAACAAUCCAGUCUUCAUCCAGCGUCCCUUCCUCCUGGUCACGGGUUUUGUCAGUCCUUAUUAUCCCAUCGAUCUAGUGCAUUAACCUGGUAACCUUGUAUCCGAGGCCCUUAAGUCUCUUCCAUGUCCCUUCCGCAGCUCUUCUUCAUAUUUAUAACUGUAUUUUCCUUUGUCUCCUGCUCCUUUCACUCGUGGGAACUCCAGCUUAACAAUGUUUUUGACCCUUCUCGACAAAUCAGCCCCUUUUCCAUAGUCCACACUAAACUCCAUGUGAUAUUCAAGAACAUGUUUCAAAAUCCCUCCAACAUUAAGAGCCCUCACAACCCCAAACAACUCACGGCCCAUUGCCAGACUUGAAAGGUCCAAACAUCCCUGCAUAGGGGGGUCUAUCCAACCCCCCAUUUCCAAACCAAACCUCAUCUUUCCAAAUCUGGCUUUUUCCAAGUUCAUUUGUCAAGUCCAUAAGCUCAUGUUCCUGCUGGGCCACAGCUCCCUUCAUCUCUGGCGCCCAAGAUUCAGCAACAUCCUCUUCCCUCCUCUGUUCUGUCAGGGCACACUCCUGAUUUAAUUCCUGGGUGGGCUCCGUAUAAUUUCCCACUGCCUGUUCAAAAUUUCUGAUCGCAUCAGUCAUCAAGUCCGUCUUCUCAUGUAGCUGUUCCAGUAGGGCAUUUGUUUUACAGAAAGCACGCAACAGAGCUUCUGAAUACAUUAUCCUGCAAGGUCAGAAGUCUAUUCCCACGAUUGUAAUCUGUAACAGCUGCAAGCUCCCCGGAGUUGGUUAUAGUUUCACAGUCUCCCUCUAGGGGGAAAACUUCUAUUUGUUCUUUCUUUUAAAGACAAGUCUAACAACAAAAUUUCCUUUUUCAGAUAUUUUGUCAAUAUUUGUUCCUUUAAACUGCGAAAGGGAACAAUGGAAUCAAUGUUUCUCUUCUUAUAGCUAUCUGUCAAAAACGUUUGUCUCUGGUCAAUGAGCUUCAAAAAACGUCAGUCCUGACACCCCGCUCCAGGAUCAGGACAGUGGAAAGUUACUUUACUUUACACUCACUUCUGCAGGUUUAAACAGUCCGGGAAAAAAUCCCCCCUCUUCUCCUGCUUCCGAAGGGGGGGUUCAACAAUUUUAAAUGAUGAAAGCAAUCUUUUACAAGCGAUUUUCUGAGCUCUAGUUUGCCAUGUCUUUGCUUUAAUCUAUCUACAAAGAAACGGAAGGCUGACUUCCUGUUUAGACCUUCCCGUUUCAGUGCCAAAUUGAGGUAAACUUUUAAGUCCAAUUUUCCCUUCGGCUCGCAAGUCCUUAUUUAAAGUCCAAUUGUCCGAAAUUUAAGUACUCACGGGUGAUUAUUUUAGAAGCCAAAUUGUCCCAGGAAAAAGGCAGCGCUCUCUGGCAACGGCUGUGCGGCUUCGCUCCACGGAAAAAGCAGUUGACUCUCAGCAUCGCGCCACUUCCCCCUCUUCGCUCCGGAGCCCGUUAAUGGGUUCUUUUGCGGGUUGGGGGGGCGCUAAAGGUGCCCGCCGAGUCCCAUGGUCACAGGCUUCAUCCGCCUGUGAUUUUUGAAAGGGUCCCCACUUCGCCGUAGCGGAAAAGACCCGUUUCGCGUGGAGCUAGUCCCUCCAGAUCAGAGGGAGUCCGCCAUUGCCGAUGGCGCCACCCCGGAAGUCCAAAAAAAAAGAAGAAACACUUCAAAGUGGUUUACAGAAAACUAUAAAACAAUAGAAUUAUCAAUAAGACAAAUCAACAACAAUAAUUUAAUUCUCAUUAAGUUAAAGUAACAAUAGAUUGAAAACAGCUUAAGACAUGCAUCAACUUUGUAAGCAAAGUUUAUAGACAGGCUUGUCCAUAAACAGGAGUGUUUUGGUAUGCGCUGAAAAGAGUGCAGCCUACCUGAUAUGAAUAGGCAGGGAGUUCCAAAGUGUAGGAGCCACUGCACUAAAGGAUCAAGUCUUUUCAGAAGCAGAGUGAGGAUUACGUGGCACCUGUACUGUUGCCAGUUCCACUGGUUGAAGCAGUUGAGGGAGCACAUAUGGGAUCAGGCAAUUGCACAGGUGUAAUCUGGUCCCAAGUUGUUCAGGGAUUUAUAAACUAACAGUAGCACCUUGAACUUGGCCUGGUAGCCAGUGGUCAAGUAGUGCAGAUCUCUGGAGCACACAGGUGUCAUAUGUUGACAAGGCCUCACUCCUGUCAGCAAUCACCCUGCAGCAUCCUGAAGGGAAGCCCCACAUAGAGCUCUUUGCAGUAAUCCAGUCUUUUGUGUAUUUGGGUAGUGGGCUCCCUCCCUCCUUGUCGAUCUCAGCAGAGCCCUGGGGUCUUUUCUCCCAUCCCCACCCCCACCUCCUCCUUGGGCAGGCUGGGUCUUUAAAACCAGGCCCAGCGCCUCAUUGUCUCACUUUUCCAAUUAUCGCCCCAUGUCGGCAUUCAGCUGCCUUACGGGUUUUGUUCAGGCGGUUUUUGUUCAGGCUUCCGUCAGUUCUCAUCAGCCUCUUUUGUUCUCCCCCCCAUUAAACCCCACACCCCACAAAACCUCUUAACAAAGGCCUCUCUUUUGAAUUGCCUGUUACCUCAUUCUCAGCAUGGGGGACCCAUUGAUGGAGAUAAUCACAUUGACAUGCCCAUUUUAUAUUUUUGUGUGUGAGGGGGUUGCUGGAUGUGGUAGGGGGUGAGCCAGACGGACACUCUCCACUUCUCCCCCACUUUCCCGUUGGGAGGAAAGUCAGGAUGGGGUGGGGUGGGAAGCUGGCUCCAGUCUUAAUUGGGCUGUACUCCAUGCAGGGUCGUUGUGCAGCCAGCUCCUUUUGGGGGGGGGGAGAUCGGUAGGGGGAGGGAAUUACCUGAGAUAGGUGGAGUGGAGAGGUCAUACUCCUGUUAUAGGAUUGUAUGGUUGGGGAGCGUGCCUCCCCCCCCCCCCCAAUUAAGUCUAGUCCUCUGCAAUGCAGGAGUCACAGCUGAAGAAUCCCUGACAGAUGGCCAUCCAACCUUUGUUGAAUAACCUACAAUUAAUCAUAGAAUCUGAGAAUUGUAGAGUUGGAAGGGACCCAGUGGUCAUCCAGUCCAACCUCUUUCAGUGCAGGAAUCACAUCUCAGGAAUCCCUGACAGGUGGCCAUCCAAAGUCUAUUUAAAAGCCUCCAACAAAGGAGAGCAUGCCACCUUCUUCUGAGGUGCUGCUAAAGACUUUGGACCAGUUUCAGGAGGCGAAGCUCUUUGUUUGGGGCCGGAAAAUAAUUAACUGCUGGGUUAUUUGGAGGCCGAUGACUGAACAAACGGAAUCUGGGGAUCCGGAGUGGACAAUGGUGGUCAUUAGCCCUUGGUAGCUGGGCCAGGAAAUUAGCCUGGUAGGUGCUGGAAAGGGACCCAGUCUUUAUUUGGGAGGCGGAUUGCGCUCUGGAAUUUCACUUGGGGAGGAAGGGAAAAGUAGUGGGGCUGCUGGCCAGAAGGUCUUAAAGAGCAACUGCACAGCUUGGAGGUCUAAGAAAAAGUGUGUUUGACGGUGUGCCAGGAACCUUGGGAUUCAAGUGGAUCUCCGUCAAUUGUUGUCGUUGCUGUUGAAUUAUUAACCUACGCUUCACCAGCAGGGCCCCAGGGUGGGUUGCAAGAAUUUUUAAUACAGAAUUAAAAGCUGUUAAACCGCAUUAUGUUCACAAGAAUUGGGUGGGUUCUGAAAAGACACAUCUCGGGUGUCAAUGGCUACUAGCCAGAGUGGCUAUGCUCUGCCUCCAGGGCUGGAGGCAGCGAUGCUUCUGAAUGCCAGUUGCUGGAAACCACAGGAGGGGGCAGUUGCUUUUACAGUCAGGUGUUUCUUGUGUGUUUCCCAUAAUGUGCAUCUGGUUGGCUGCUGUGAGAACAGGGUGCUGGACUAGAUGGGCCCCCUUUAGCCUGAUCCAGCUGCUCUUAGGAUCCAUAAGGACCAGGGUAAAGAGGUGCCUCUUCAACUUUCUCCAAAAGCUGUACAAUGAUGGUGCCUGAUGCAUCUCUGGGGGAAAGGUGUUCCACAGCUCAGGGGCCGCCACAGAGAAGGCCCCUGGCCAGCCCCCCCACCCAAAGUGGAGGGAUACCAAGACUAGCUCUGCCAGUCUCAGCAUCUGAGAGGUACUUUAGGGAAUACCUUCAGGUAUUUAGGAUUCAAGCCAAAUUUAGAGGCUGAUAAGGGAGAGAGAUGUUUUGUUGCAGCUGGGGCAGAUGAAGGCAUCUGGUUUCACCAUUAGAGAUGCACCAUGGAGUUUCUUCUGUCUGUGCUCCUCCCAGUGGUCAUUCCUCCUUUGGUCACUGCUGCAGACACACAACCUGUCUGUCUCCAGGCACUGUGGUUGUCUGCAAGGGAUUCCCAAACGGUGGGGUUGAUGUUGCCAGCCUUCAUAUUUCGCUUUCAGACAUCUAUGUAACACAGAGGUGAUCUGCCAAUGGACCUGGUGCCUGAAGCUAGCUCCCCAUAGAACAUCUUCCAUUUGGACAUGACCAAGCCAGCAUAGAUGUUACUGAGACGGGAGUGUAAACAUGCUGGGAUUGUGGGCUUGGGAGAGCACAUCUUUGUUUGAAACCCUGUCCUGCCAUGCGAUACCCCAAAUCUUGGGGAAGGUGUUGAGGUAUCGCUCCUGAUGGUUGCCCACCACUCACUUCCAUAAAGCAGCAUGCUCUAGACGCAAGCCUGGUAGACCUUCAUCUAGGUAUUGGUCAUUAGCAUCACAUUCUCCGAUACCCUUUUGGAGAGGUGAGCCACUGCCAGAGCUGCCUUGCCAGUACUCUUGUCCAGCUCAGCAUCAAUGGAGUGGCUGCUGGUUAUGGUGGAGCCCAAAAGCACAACAUCAUUUAUCAUCUCAAGCAUGUGUUCACCAAUGCUGAUGCAUGGAGUGCUGACGACGAUGUUGGUCUUUGUCAGGCUGAUGGUAAAGCCAAACUCUCUGUAGGCUUGGGCAAAAUGGUUGACAAGCCUCCGUAGAGCUGUCAAGGCUGCUUCAUCUGCAAACAUUUCUCAGAAAAGGACCAGCCAUACUUUUGUCUUGAUGCAGAGAUGUUGAACAAACCUCUAUGAAUAGAUGUACAAACUGUCUUCUGUCAAGCUGAAGGCAUAUAAGAGCAACAAGGAGAAGCAUAUUCCACAGAGGGUUGGGCCGAGGACAUGGCCCUGUUCCACAUCACUCUUUACAGGGAAGGUGGAUGAGGAUGGCCCGUCAUAUUGGAUGGUGUGGCACAUGUUUUUGUGGUUAGGUGGGUACCCUAUCUUAUUGAGUAGCGUCAAGAACUCCAUUAGGCUGACAAGGUCAAAGGCCUUCAUCAGGUCUAUGAAGGCGAUGUACAAAGUUCUCGGCAUUUCUCCUGCAGCUGAUGCAGUGAGAAAAUAAUGUUGACUGUUGACCUCAAACCCACUGAAGUUCCUGAGUUGUCUUUGAGGGCAGCUCCACAUAGAGUGCAUUGCAGCAAUCCAGUCUGGAAGCACAUUUCAGGUGCUUUAAAAAUCCUGUGAAUGAUCUCACUCUUACACAAGGCACUUAGAGUGAUGGUUAUUUAUGUCUGGGUGUCCAAUGUGUUGUUGAGCUUACGUUGGAGUAAGCACUUUCACUGAUACUAGGCGGUUGUGGGACCAGUUCCAGGCUGUUCUUUCCCCUUUACUCAUGAGUCUGGAUGCAGAUGAGAACUUGCUAAAGAAGGGAGAGUCCCCUCUCCAGACUGGGAUGUAAAGAAAAAAACAAGCACCGAGGGAGGAUUCCACAAGUAGGCAGAAGAAACCAGAUACACAAAUGUAGGAUAGGGGAUUCUCAGCUUGACAGCAAGACAUGCAGAAACGAUCUCGGGGUCUUAGGAGACCACAAGCUUCACAUGAGUCAACAGUGUGAUGCAGCAGCAAAGAAGGCUAAUGCUAUUCUAGGCUGUAUCCACAGAAGUCUAGUGUCCCUCUCUCAUAGCACUAGAACUCGUGGACAUCCAUUGCAGCUGAAUGUUAGAAGAUUCAAGAUGGAUAAAAGGAAGUCCUUCUUUAUGCAGCACAUAGUUAAACUGUGGAACUCCCCACAGGAGGAAGUGAUGGCUAGCAACUUGGAUGGCUUCAAAAGACCAUUGGACAAAUUCAUGGAGAAAGGGCUAUGAAAUGGCUACUAGUUCUGCUUCCACUGUUGGAGGCAGCAAUGCUUCUGAAUAUCAGUUGCUGGAAAUGACAGGAGGGGAAAGUGUUGCUGUUGGGCUCAAAUCCUGCUUGCAGCUUCCCCACAGUUAUGUAUUCAUACUGUGAGAAGAGGAUGCCGGAUGAGGUGGGCCGUUGGCCUGAUCCAGCAAGCUCUUCUUCAGUAAUGUGUACAUACACCAUCACUUUCUCCAAACCUCCAGUCAAGUAUACUGCUGUUCUUUCCAGCUUUCCCCCCUUGUUCUUUGACUCCGUUGGGGAGGACAGCAUUCCAACUUAGGCUUUGCUAAGGCUGAGUACAGAUCUUUGUCGGAACCAGCCCCAAGGGAGUGUGAGCUUGCAAGCCUGCACUGGUCCUCUCUUGGUCUUGAUCCAGCUUCAGGCGGCUUACUCAACGCUUGUCUGGAAAAGGAGACACACAGCCAAUCAAGUUCACACUGCUUUAUUUUUAAACCUGUUUCCAGUCCUCCAUCAAAUGGCCCUUCAGCACUUUGAAGACUUGUGCAUGCUAUUGCCAAACGCUUGCAGUAAUAUAUGCGUUGCAUGCUCACACCCUGUUUGCAAAGUUCAAAGUGCUGCCUCGUCAAACCCAAACCCUUCCCCACACCCAGGACACCCACACAGCUCUAAGAGGCCCAUGGGAAGACGGAAGCACCUGCCCUUAAUACUGCCACUGUGUGCAACUGAAUGAAGCUCUACAAUUCUGUGAUACGAUUGGAGGUUUUCAAACAGAGGUUGGACGGCAACCUGCCAGGGAGUAAAAUUUCUAAUCCACAUUCAGAGGUCUCCAAUACUUGGCUCUACUAUGUCAUUAAAAAAAAUACGUUUCUCAAAUUCUGUGCAUCAUUUUCAAAGCAGAGUUGCUUUCAGGUCAAAAACAGCCUCUUGGAAGAUAAUCUUGUGAAGUUUCUUGGAAUAUUUUCAACCUUCAUCUCUCCUUCAUUGGUGGUUUUUUUCCUUCUGAAAAAAACAGAUAUUGGAAGGUGAUCUGUCAGGUAUUCUUUAGUUGUGAUUUCUGCAUUAAAGGGCCCCUUUGGUCUGAUCCAGUAGCUCUCUUCUGGUGCUGCUAUGGAACCUCCAGGCCCAGAAGCAGUCUACCCAGAUAUGUAAGUUGCUGUGGGCAUUUGGCCACUGUGAGAAGAGGAUUCAGGAUUACAUGGGCAGCUGGAUUGAUCUAGAGGGCUCUUUUUAUGUCCUUGCCUUACACAAAGAUCCAGAGGAACAGGCCUUAUUGAAGCAGCUGGUGGUGUCUCCUCCCUGGUCCCAGUCCCCAGGGAGGUUCUGUGCUAUCCAGAGGCUUUGACUUGCUUGUGGCCUGAGGGUGUGAUCCUGGCCUGGGAAUCCUCUCUCGCUCUGCGUCUCAUUCCUGGUCCUUUGCAGAAGAAAGCCCUUAAGGCUUAAUUUUAAUUUUUUUUACUGAGUGUGUGUUCUGGAAUGACAUCGGGAACUGCCUGGAUUUGCUUAGGAAGGGCGUGUUUGCAUGUGUCUAUGUUAUAUCUAUGUCAUCUGCAGUGUGGUUGCCUCUCUGAACGUGUGAAUUUUACUGAAGUGGUUGGUGGUGUCUGCAAAACAAUGCAAAGCCCAGAAACAAGAUUUGCCCCCACCCUGGAAAUAGAACUCCCGGUUAGCUUCAUGGCUGAGUGGGGAUUUGAACCCUGGUCCCUCCCAGGUUCCAUUCCUCAUUUUAUCUUUGUGAGAACCCAGCUUUAACCACUGCAUCCCCUUUGUCAUUUUUUCUCCAAUAACGUGAUCUGCCCCUUUCUCUCCUAGGUUCUUGGUCUCCCUACCCUUGCUGAGAUAGAUAGUCUUUCCCCUCUUCCAUCUGACGGCCCUCUAGUUAUGUGAAGGGUUAUGUGCCACCCCUAUCAAAUCUUCUGUCCCAUAGGCCAGUUCCCCUCCAACUCUAGGAUUCUGUGAUUCUUGAGUUGGUAUUCCCCUCUGCAUUGCGGGGGGUUGGACUAGAUGACCCUAGGGGUCACUUCCAAGUCUAGAAUUCUAUGAAAUGGCUUUACAAGUCAGCCCUUGGGUCCUAAUUCCAAACCCUUGUUCCACAUGGGUGUUCCACUUGGGUAAUUUCUGUAUAUCAUAGAAUUUUAGAACUGGAAGGGACCCCCAAGGGUCUUCUAGUCCAACCCCACCAAUGCAGGAAUCACUGCUAUAUGUUGCUGCAGCUUCUUGUGUGUCCACCGCCACUGCUGUUAUCCCUCUUACUGAAGCUGUUACGGAGGUCUUCAUGCUCUUUCUUUCUUUCUUUCCCAGAAUUCUCUUGCUUGGGCAUGCAGGGGGAGGGCAGAGGCGAGGACGAUCCUGGCACCCCCAAUGCCUAUUUUUUCCCUUUUAAAUGAGGUGCCUUUCAAGCGCACAAAGGGGACCCCAAUGUGAUUGGGGGUGGAGAGCAUUGUUGGUUUAAUCAAGUAACAAAAUGGCAGCUGCUUAUUGGGGUGGGGGGAGGUUUCUGGGGUUAACCAAAGCAUCAGGUUUUCCUUAACCACCGAGGGAUUUUCCUCCUCCCAGAUUUCCAAACAUCUCUGUGUUUGGGGCUGAGAAGAGGAGGGGAGCUGAGUUUGGGUGUAGGGGGGAGCUUAGGGGUUGCCAAGGGAACCUCUUUUCUGCCCCAUUGAUGCAUCUUGUAAAUCCAUUUAGGGAGGACGUGGAGGUGGGCCCCUUUUGUCUCUGAGCCUCGUUAAAAGUGAAAAAACAUGGAGGGGGAAGAAUGGCCUCAAAGUGUGUCUCUGAGGGGUCCAGGGGUCCAGGUCGAGUAGAGAGGGCAGCAGGGGACAAAGGCAGCCCCAUAGCCUCUCCUUAGCUCCCUGGACUUUAUUAAUAGAGGAGUAUUUAACCACCACCCUUGCUCCCCAGACAAUUGGAGCAUUGGGGUUGGAGGGCUGGGUUUGGAGCAGGGUGUCCAUGUCUUGCCACACCAGCAGCAUUUCGCCUAGAAUUGGAGAAUUGGAAUUGUCCCCAUGGGCCAUAGAAUCCAGCCCCGUGCAAUGCAGGGAGCACAUCUAAAGGAUCCCGGACAGAUGGUCACCCAACCUCUGUUUAAAAACCUCAAAUGAAUAAUAGCACUGUAGAUUGGGACCCCUAAGGGUCUUCCAGUCCAACCCUCUGCAGUACACAAAUCACAGCUCAAGAAUCCCUGAGAGACGGGCAUUUGAGCUCUGUUGAAAAGCUUCCAAGGAAGGAGAAUCCUCUACCUUCCAAAGCCUGCCUGCCUUUCUUUCUUUCUUUCUUUCUUUCUUUCUUUCUUUCUUUCUUUCUUUCUUUCCCAACCUCCCUUCAUCUGAAGAUCACGGGGCUGUAUAAAAAUACAUACCAUAGUAACAAACAAAAGUUCUCCCUUCCCAUUGCAUUCUAAAGGCUAUAGCCAAAAACCUUGGAGAAGAGGAAUGUUUUUGCCUGGUGUCUAAAUAUAUGUUGUGAAGGUGCCAGACAAGCCUCCCUGGGGAGAGCAUCCCACAAGCUGGGAGCCACCACAGGAAAGGCCUGUUCUUGUGUUGCCAUUCUCCAAACCUCUCGCAGAGGAGGCACACAGAGACGGACCUCAAAUGAUAAACGCAGAGUCCAGGUUGGUUCAAAUGGGGAAAGGCAGUUGUAUGAUUGCAUGGUUGGAAGGAACCCCAAGGGCCAUCUCUCAUAAAUAAUGUGUUGAAGCCUUUAGUUCAGAAGGCAUUUGCUGCUGUGAUUUAACCCUUUUUUGCAAUGCAGGAGAAUGGAUGGGAGAAGCCUUUCAGCUCUUUGUGUUCAAAUCAGGUGCUGAUGAAAUGCUGAGAGAAGCUCUUUACAGUGCCGUAUAAAAUAUGAGGCUGCCUCUGGAGACAUUAUUUCCUGUUGGAUGAGCUUGAUUCAACAUCUCCCCCCGCCCCGCCCUUUAUAAAACUCAUUCCCAUUAGGAAAUAUAUUCCCAAGAUGUACAGUUAUGCUAAUAGGCCAGUGAAUAUUCAUGAGCUGAUUACAAACACAUGGUCACCUGCUGGGUGAUUGUGGCUGCUUUUGUGGGAGGUUUAGCACCCUAAAAUAAGCAGGACUGAGGAUUAAUGUUGAGUCGGUGGAGGAAGAUGGAAAAUCAGCGGGUGAGGUAGCAAUUCCAAGAAUUUUUUUUUAAAAAAAUCAAAUAAUGCCAUUGUUGUUUGUGACUCAGAGGAGGAAGAAGGUGGCAGGAAAGGGGGAUAAGAAGGUUUUUUUUAGGUAGAUCCUGAACUUGGAGCCAGCAAGCUGCCUGAAGAGGAAGUCAAAAAAUUAAACAGUGUUGCUGUUCUGAUUCAUUCUGGUGGUUCCCAAACCCAGCAUCCUGAACCCAAGAACAGGCAGAAGCAUUGGAAGAAUUCUAUAGAAAUAGGAUGCUUUUAAGAGCAACUGCUCCCCAGUUUCAUAAGAAUGUAAGAAGAGGCUGCUGGAAUAGACCAAUGGCCCAUUAAACCCAGCAUCUGGUUUUCACAGUGGUGAAAUGCUCCAAACAUCCUAGGAAUAGAGAGAGAGCCUCUGGCCUGGAAGAUCCAUAAGAACAUACGAAAUGGGGCAAAAUGAACAAAACGAAUUUUGGUUGGGACAAAUGUAAGAUUCUGCACUUAGGCAGGAAGAACCAGUUGCACAAAUAUAAGAUAGGGGACACCUGGCUUGCCAGUAGGACAUAUGAAAAUAAUAUUGGGGUUUUAAUAGGCCACAAGCUGAACACAAGUCAACAGUGUGAUGCAGCUGGGGGAAGGAGAAAGCGAAUGCUAUUCUAGGCUGUAUUGACAGAAGUCUUGUGUCCUGAUCAAGGUAAAGGGACCUCUGACCAUUAGGUCCAGUCGUGACCGAUUCUGGGGCUGAAGUGCUCAUCUUGCUUUAUUGGCCGAGGGAGCCGGCAUACAGCUUCCGGGUCAUGUGGCCAGCAUGACUAAGCUGCUUCUGGCGAACAAGAGCAGCGCACGGAAACACCGUUUACUUUCCCGCUGGAGCUGUACCUAUUUAUCUACUUGCACUUUGAUGUGCUUCUGAACAGCUAGGUUAGAAGGAGCAGGGACCGAGCAACGGGAGCUUACCCUGUCGUGGGGGUUCGAACCGCUUACCUUCUCUGUGGCCCUAGGCUCUGUGGUUUAACCCACAGCGCCACCCGCGUCCCAAGGUCACAGUACGGCUCUAAUCUGCAUUGGUCAGACCCCCACCAGGAGUCCUGGGUCCAGUUCUGGGCGCCACAAUUUAAGAAGGAUAUUGACAAGCUGGAAGUUGUGCACAGGAAGGCAACCAAGAUGAUCAAGUGUCUGGAAACCAAGCCUUAUAAGGAAUGAUUUAAGGAGUUGUGCACGCUUAACCUGGAAAAAAGGAGAAAGAAAGGAGAUAUGAUUACCAUCUUCACUUAUCCAAAGGGAUUUCACAUGGAAGAUGGAGCAAGCUUGUUUUCUCCUGCUCCAGAGGGUAGGACCCAAACCAAUGACAUCAAGUUAUGAGAAAGGAGAUUCUGACUAAACACCAGGAAGACCUUUCUGACAGCACGAGCUGUUUGACAGUGGAACAGACUCCCUCGGGAGGUGGUGGGCUCUCCUUCCUUGGAGAAGCAGAAGUUGGAUGACCAUCUGUCAUGCGUGAUUUAGCUGAGAUUCCUGCAUUGCAGGGGGUUGGACUUGAUGACCCUCGGGGUCACUUCCAUCUCUACAAUUCUGUGAUUCUAUUAAUGGAGACAAGAUUGUCCCAGCGCAAUCUGUUAACGUAUAUCCUUGGGAGUCCCCAGAUUAUCAAGCCAGAUGCAGCACUUAGGCUGUGAGAUCGAAUUCCGCUUAAGCCCCUUCUGGGAAUCCGUAAACCACUGUGUGGAGUGAGUGGGGAUUAAAGCUGAAUUGCUCAGCGCUCUUCAGAGAUUUCAUCCUGAGCCCCCAUGAGAAGCUGAUGGUCAUAAGCCAUUAGCUUUUGGGCCCCAUUUGCUAUCUUUAGGGCAGUAGGUUCUCUGUUUUUCAAAAGCCAAGCUAUGGACCCCCUACUUUUUAAAAUGCUGUUAUCUCUGUGGUAGUUUUUAUGUGAAUGGUGCCACCAUAUCCUCCAACAAAUGCAAGUGUAAAAAUUGAGAUGCACAACUUUUGGGCUGCGCUCCCACGUCCCCUUGAUUGCACAGUGCCCAAAACUGCAUAAGUUGCGCUUUUUUGGCACCCCGGGUUGCAUGGACCCACUAUUGAAAACCAUUGCUUUAAGGUAUAGAUCUUCAAGCAGAGGAGUCAUAGAGUUGUCAGGAACCCCCAAGGGCCAGCUAGUCCAACUCUCUCCAAUCCAAGAACCACAGCUAAAUAAUCUGAAUUUCUGUGCUUUUAUAGAAUCAUAGAAAUGUAGGGUUGGAAGGGAACCUGAGGGUCAUCUAGUCCAGCCCCAUGCAAUGCAGGGAUGAUUCUAUUAUCCACUUGGUCGGGUUGCCCGUGGUGAGCUUGAGGCUCUCCAUUGCCCUUAACGCCCCCCCCCCAUUCUCUGCAAGAGUGUCUGCUGCCUGCCCCCCAAGGCCCCUUGGCCAACAGAGCUCUCUUUGUUUACUCAACUCAAUGGUCUCAGAAGGGGCACUUUCACUUUAGCCACCAGAAAACACCUCUAAGAACAAUGUAGGAAACCUCACCUGGUACCAGACACCUCCUUCCAAGGUGAAAGAGGCUUCCAUAUCUGUCCCCCGCCCCCCAAGUUUGAGCACAAAGGAGUCUUUGGAGGAAGGGGGGCUCUUGGUCUUGAGCACAAGCACUGGCCAAAAGUGGUACCUUGGGUUACAUGCGCUUCAGGUUACAUACGCUUCAGGUUACAGACUCUGCUAACCCAGAAAUGGUACCUCGGGUUAAGAACUUUGCUUCAGGAUGAGAACAGAAAUCGUGCUCUGGCAGCACAACGGCAGUGGGAGGCCCCAUUAGCUAAAGUGGUGCUUCAAGUUAAGAACAGUUUCAGGUUAAGAACGGACCUCUGGAACGAAUUAAGUACUUAACCUGAGGUACCACUGCAAUAGCAAGGAGCCCCCCUCCACACCUUUUUUUUUUUGGCGGGGGGGGGGAGAGGGGACAUAAGCAUAUGAGGGAAUUUUGCUAGGAGGCAGCUUGAGGAAUAUGUUGACCCAGUAAGAUCCAUUGGACUUUGGAACAGACAACCUUUGAAGAAGGAGGCACACCUUCCUCCUUUGGAGAAUUUUAAGGAAAGGUUAAGGGCUGUCUUUCCAAGAUAUUUUAGCUGGGAUUCCUGCGUUGAAGGGGGUGGCACUUGAUGUCCGGAAGCCUGAGUGGACUUUUCCCAGUUCGUUUAAGUCAGUCUACAUUCCUUUCAUUUCUGCCAGAGUUUUAUCACCUGGAGCAAAGAUUUUGGGACACAGAAACAUAAAAUUGUAGAGUUGGAAGGGACCCCAAGGGCCAUCUUGUCCAAGUGUCUGCAAUGCUGGAAUCUCCGCUAAAGCAUUCCUGGCAGGUGGCCCAUACAACCUCUGCUUAAAAACCUCCAAGGAAGGAGAGCCCACCACCUCUCAUGAGAGUCUCUUCCACUGUCAGAAAGCUCUUACCCUUAGGAGGUUCUUCCUAGUAUUUAGCCAGAAUCUCUUUUCUUGUCAUUUGAAUCUGUUGGUUCGGAUCCUCCCAGAGCAGCAGAAAACAAGCUUGCUCCAUCUUCCAUGGGGCAGCCCUUCAUAUAUUUGAAGAUGGCUGUAAUUCUAUCUCUCAGUCUCCUUUUCUCCAGGCUAAUCAUCGCCAGAUCUCUCAACUCUUCCUCUUCUUAAGGCUUGGUUUCCAGACCCUUUAUCAUUUUGGUUGCUUUCAAUUCCUUCUUUCACAUUGUGCACACAUUGGGCCCAGGACAGAACCCUGGUGUUAAUGCCUCAGGAUUGUGAUGCGUAAAGUCAGAAGACAAAUAUUGUAGUGUUGGUAGCAACCUCAAGGCUCAUCUAGUCCAACCUCCUGCAAUGCAGGAAUCCCAGCUAAAAAAUCCUUUAUAGGACCCACCCUUGGGUGGGUGGGCAAAGAAUCCUCUCCUUCCUUGUGUUCCAGCCCCACAGGUUUGGGUCAAGGGGUGGGGCUGUGGAUUUGUGUAAUAUAAUCCCUGCAGAGUAUAACUCUCCACAAUUACUUUAAAUUUGUCUUAAUUUUUGUGGAUGUGAGUGUUGCAACUCCUGCAUUUGGCAUUCUGGACUGAGUUUUUUGAAUAUCCAGUGUGUUUCAUCUACAUGCAUGGGUUAACAAAGCAUUUUUAAUCUGUUUAUUCAGAGCAUUUGCACCCUGCUCUUCAUCUUACAUGCAGUCAGUGAAAAUGAGACAGUCCCUGCCCACGCAGGCUUACAGUCUUUUUUUUUAAAACCACAUGCAAGAAAAAGGGAGGAGGAGGGAAGAGGAAAAAUAAAAAAUUGCACCCUGCUCUUCAUCUUACAUGCAGUCCCUGCCCACGCAGGCUUACUGUCUUUUUUUUUAAAACCACACACAAGAAAAAGGGAUGAGGAGGGAAGAGGAAAAAUAAAAAUUCUGGCAUUGAUUUCUAAACUAUUCAGCGGCUGAUAGAGCUGGGUUUUCAGCAAAGCUGAUGGAAUGAGGCUCCUGUGUCCCAUCUCUCCCACUGCUGGGUUUUUGUUUCUUUCAUUUCGUUGGACGGAGGAGUGUUCAGUCUUGUGAGCUGGGGCAGAACGCUUACGCACCUUAUCAGCUGCUUCUGAGAAACGGGUCUCAGUCCCAUGAUCUGUGGGGUGGUUUCGUGGGUGAGUCACCAGGCUGCCAAAAGGCAUGGAAGGGGACCUUUGUACAUGGGUGGGGUUUGUCAGAAGGCAGUGAGGAGGGGACACUCUGAACAACUUCCUUUUAAAAGCUCUGGGCAGCGUUAUGGGCUCCGUGUCAUAGUUACCUGCAACAUAGCAUACCUAGACCUUAUUUUCUCUUGCCCUCUCUGCAAUUGGCUGUGAUUCCUGCACUACAGGGGGUUGGGCUAGAUGACCCUGGGGGUCUCUUCCGACUCUGCAAUUAUAGGAUUCCUACAUCCCCCUUCAGACAUUCUGAACAUAUUCUGAAUCACAGGCUAGAGGAGCAGAAAUACAAACACAGCCCAGCUCCAAACAGAUAAUAAAUAUUUACCUUAUAGAAAUGAUUCUGAAGUCCAGUUUCUGGAAACUGAUGUGGGGAGAGGGCUUUUUUACUCAGACCCUGCUUUCUGGUUUCCCAUAAUGAGCAUCUCGUGAGCCACCUUGAAAAGAGAAUGGAUGUUCCCCCUUUGGUCUAAUCCAGCAGGACUCUUCUCAAGCUCCUAUGGAACCUCCAGCUGCAGAGGCAGUCUAUCUCAGUUCCUAAGAUGUUAGGGGCAUUUGGCCCCUGUGAGAACUGGACUAGAUGGACCAAUGGCAUGAUCCAGAAGGCUAUUCUUACAUUCAACCAUUCUUAAGUUCUGCAUCCUUGUUGUGCAUUUGUGGAAAGUGUUUUCUCUCCCCCUCCUCUCCCUUUCUCCCCCAUCCCCCCUGCUUUAGGAAAGAGGUAAUGCCUCGCAGCCUGACUGGGAGGGUGCAGCCAGCAGUCUGGGCCCACACCACUAUUCCCCCCACCCUCCUCGAGCCCCCUGUUUCUGCCCUGCAGCAGUCAGGAUAAUUUUGCCUUCACAUCUGUUCCUGAGUUAUCUUUCACCAGGAGCAGAUUAUGGUCGUUAGCCUAAGUCUGUGUUCUCCAAACUUUUUUUUCCUCUGGGCCACACUUUCAGAAUAAAAAUUUGCUUGUGCCACACCCAGUUUUUUAUUGAUAAGAAAUGCAUUGGAAAGCAAAAAAGAAACAGCUCCUAGCAGUUCUUGAUUAUACCAUAGAACAGGAUUACUUUAUAAUAUGAUCAUGGGAUAUGCAGAAAGCAUAAAACAAUGUGGCGACAUAAGAACAUGAAUCAUUCCCAAAAUGUAAUUAUAAAUGAGCCUCUUCCAUAUGUACCUUAAGUAUGUCUACAAACUCCAUGAGAGGUGUGAACUUGCAUUUGCCAGGUAAUCUCAUUUAUAUUAGGUCUAAUUUGACGCAGACAAAUUCUCAUCUCCUCUUCAACACAAAGAAGCCUUCCUCUCUUCUGAUCUUUCAUACUGUUUCUGGGGUGUGUGUGUGUGUGUGUGUGUGUAUUCAUACUAUACUACUACACUGAAAUGUUCAAAUGUUUAUUUCAUUGCCCUUGAAUUUCCCCCUCCACACUUGUCAUCCUCUCCUGCCACACCAGUGUGGUGAGUCACACCCUUUGAGAACCUAAGUUGAUGUUCAGUUCUUCCUUCUCCUUGCCUUCAUCCCUCGAUAACUCUUGCCAGGGAAUCAUAUCAUAGAAUAGUAGAGUUGGAAGGAACCAUGAGGAUAAUCAUAGUCCAACUUCCCGCAGUGCAGAAAUCUUGCCCAACACGGGGCUCAAACAGACAGCCCCGAGAUUAAAAGUCUCAUGCUCUAUUGACUGAGCAAGUCCACCAUAAAUGAUCAUCUGCACCAAGUUUAUUGCAGCCCCUAUGACAAUUAGGUUAUCUAUACCCAGAUAUGUACAUGUGAGCACAACAUUAGAAGCAGUUUUUAAAAUGUCAAAAAUGUCCCCACCCCCCUGUAACAUUUUGGACAUUUAUAAAAACUGCUUUUAAUGUUUUGUUUUAAUGAUGUUACCUGCCCUGGGACCUUAAGGCGAAAAGUGGGAUAACAACAACAACAACAACAACAACAACAACAACAACAACAACAACUAUGAUUUCUGUAUUGUAGGAGGUUGGGUUGCAACCAUCAUAAUCAUCAUUGCUCUAAUAUCUUUCCUUCUGCUUUCUCAGGUUUGUGUCUGGAAAGGGACUGAUCAUCUACCCAGAAAUUGGGGACAAGCUGGACAUUAUCUGCCCAAAGGCUGAGUCCUCCAGGCCCUAUGAGUACUACAAGCUCUACCUGGUGAAGCGCGGCCAGGCAGAUGCCUGCAGCACCAUCAUGGACCCCAAUGUGUUGGUGACCUGCAACCGGCCUGACCAGGAGAUCCGCUUCACCAUCAAGUUCCAGGAGUUCAGCCCCAACUACAUGGGCCUGGAGUUCAAGAGACACCAGGACUACUUCAUCACCUGUGAGUCUCCCCGGCUGCACUGUUUGCCCUCUGGUCUUAUUUUGCCCGACUACUUUUCAUUAGUAUAUUCAUAUUUAUAUCCCGCCUUUUCCCACUGACAGGGACUCAAGGUGGCUUUAUAGCUAAAAGAGAAACAGCUAGAAACAGAGAGGGGGAAAGGAACCAUUAAAAAAGCAAUCAAACAUUAGUAUAAUUUUUUUAUAUACAGGCGUCCCCCCACUUACGCGGGGGUUACAUUCAGGGACUCCGCGCGUAUAUGGGAAAUUUGUGUAACAUGGGGAGGGGUGCUUUUGAGAGAGGCUGGGAAGCAGCACUCUUUCAGGUGAUAACUGUCCAUCCCAUUCGCCUUCACCCGGGCUGCGAUGUGCCCUUGCCUGCUUCUGAUGAUCAGAAACUGGAUCUGGGGGUUUGUAGCUGGGUGGCUCUGGGUGCCCAGCACCGCUACGGGACCUCUCAGUGAUCUCACUGUUAGUCUCGGAGGUUGCUGGAGAUGGGUUUCUUUUCAUUUAGUUUCUCCCCCACCCUCAAGAAAUAAUGUUGCUGCCCUUGUUGUGGGGUGGCGAGAGAGAGGGCAAGGGAGGGCGGAGGGACUUUCGAACCCUGCCCAAGGAACACAAUUGAUACGAGCAAGGGAGGGAGGGGCUUGUGAAGGCAUGGAGCACGCCCCCCCCCGCAAGAGAACCCUGAUAGCCGGGAAGAAGAAGGCCAAGGAGGGUGAGUGAGUGGGGGGGCGGGCAGUGAGACACUUGGAACGGCCGUGCAAGCUGUUUACCCUGCUCCCCUGCUCUCUCCUGCUCUUUCGGCACCAUUUCCUGGUUCAAAUCAUUUAUUUAUUUCGCAGUGACGCAUGUAAAUGCAGUUUCACUUGAGUGGAAUGCGCAUAAUGGUGUGUGUGUGUGUGUGUGUGUGUGCGUGCGCGCCUGCAUCUCUUGUCUGUCUAUCUAUCAAAUAUUUUUUAAAACACACACGUAUUGUUACAAUAAAAAUAUCACAGCGCUAGCCCUUUCUUUAAAAACAUUCUGUUCCCAAAAUCCUGGUAAGCCCCAGCUCUGGCCUUAAACCUGUCCCAGCCCCAAACCAAAUCCCAGUCCUAAUCCUAAAUCAGAUGUAACACCACCCCUGUUCACAAGCUGAAAUGUGUGUUUGUGUCCCGUGCUUGCAGGCAGGGUCCAGAGUGAGUCUCUAGGCUGGGCCCCUCAAAGGUCCCUGUCGUCCCCGUCUGGCCCCCCACCCCCAUGCGCAGGUUGAAUGUGGCUGGUCUUUGGCUAUCAAGACCACCCAGAAUGCAAAAAUCACUGACUUUCAAUGGCCUCUCAGCCUUUCCGCUCAGAUUCAGCAUAAAACACACACCAUAUCAUUGCUUUGUGUUCUGUAGCAACACUAAGGGGUGCUGCUCUGUCUGUCACAAUUUUGGCAUGACCAGUGUGCAUUGUUAGUAUUAAUCAAAAGUCAAAAUGUAAAAGUGGGUUUCGUGUUGCAGGCUGUGGGUCUGAGGCAGGUUUUUGGUGUGGUCCAGUGAAAGCCCAUUGGUCUAGAGGACUGAAUGCUGGCUUUUCUUCCAUAAGAACAUAAGAACAGCCUUGUUGGACAAGGCCAAAAGAGGCCAUCCUCUUUUUUCAGUGGCUAACCAGAUGCCUCAAUGGAUGCUUUAGUUGAGAUUUUUGCAUUUCAGUGGGUUGGACUAGAUGACCCCCGGGAUCCCUUCCAGCUCUACAAUUCUAUGACUCUAUGAAACCUUCAGGCAGGGUUUGAGCACAAGAGCCCUUUCCCCUCCUGUGGUUCCCAGCAACUGUUAUUAGGAUGGUUGCUGCCUCUGUCAUGGCUGCUGGCCAUCAGUGGCCCUCUCCUCCUCUGUGAAUUUGCCCAAUCUUUUAAAGCCAUCCAAAUUGGUGGCCAUCACUGCUUCCUGGGGGAGUGAGUGCCAUAGUUUAACUGCACUGUGUGAAGAAGGACUUUCUUUUAUCUGUCCUGAAUUUUCCAACACAAGCUUCAUGGGAUGUCCACAAGUUCCAGUGUUAGAAAAGAGGGAGCAAAACAUUUCUCUAUCCCCUUCCUCCAUGCUUUGCAUCCAUUUAUAAACGUCUACCGCGUCUCUUCUAUUGUCUUUUCUCCAAACUAAAAAGCCCCAAACGCUGCAACUGUUCCUCAUAGGGGAGUCCAUGUCAUUUCCUUUUGGUGAAAUGUCUCCACAUAUUCAGCAGGGGUAACUUGGGAGAGAAUUGAAUAUGUGUUUGAUAGAGAACAGUUGCAACAUUUGGGACUUUGUAGUUUGGAGAAAAGGUGUCAUGAUAGAACUCCCACCCUUCCUUGAAAGGCUUAGUUUCCAGGUCCUUCAUCCUCUUGGCUGCCUUCCUCUUGCACACCUUCCAGCCGGUCAUUAUCCUCCUCCAGAACCAGACACAAUAUCUCUAUCGUGCUGCCUCUGCUCCAAACCAAAAAGUCUGCUGCGUUGAGCCAUCCCAGGCCGUCGUGAGGUCUAGAACAGACCCGAGCCUUGUGUUGCUCCUUGGGGUUUGCACAGCUGCCGUGCCGUUCAGCCCCCGCCACCUGCUCCAGUUAUAUGGCCGAGGGAUGCUUUUCCGGAGAGAGUCUCACCCUCCCCCCCCCCGCCCCCGCCCCACCCCCACUUCUGCUUGCCGGCUUCCCCACAGCUGCCAUUGCUUCUCAAGAGCAAAGAGUCCCAGCGUGCAACAUCUCUCUCAAGGGCUCCUUUAUACGGGAGGAACAAGGACUUGUUAGAUCUGGGAUUUCCCUCCUAGCGAGGAAGCCAGCCUGGGGACUUGAGAGCAUCUUAGGCGGGAGCAAAGACACAGCCUGCUGCUCGGUCACUUUUAGUUUGGAGGAAAGGUGUGGAAGAGGCAGCACAAUAGACGUUUAUGAAAUUAUGCAUGGCCUAGAGAAAGUGGAGAGAGAAAAAGCCCCCUCUCCCCCUCAAAUGCUGGAACUCAUGGACAUUCACUGAGGCGGAGUGUUGGGAGAUACAGGACAGACAGAAGGAAGGACUUCGUAGCACAGUGCAUAUUUAAUUUGUGGAACUUGCUCCCCUAGGAAGCCCCAAUAGCCACCAAUGUGGAUGGCUUUGAAAGAAGAUUAGACAUGGGGGAGAGGGCUGUCGAUGGCAUCCUCUUCUCACAGUGGCCCAUCCAGAUGCCUAUAGGAAAUUCACAAGCAGGAUUCGAGCACAAUAACACUCUCCCCUCCUGCAGCUCCCAGCAUCUGGCACUGAAGCAUCAUCACCUCUGAUUGCGGAGGCAGAACAUUGCCAUUGUUUCUAGUUAGUCAUCAGCUGCCCUCUCCUCUGUGAAUUCGUUCAGUCCUCUUUUAGAGCCAAGCAAGUUGGUGGCCAUCACUGCCUCCUGCGUGAGGGAGUACCACAGGUUAACUAUGUGCUGUGUUAGGACUUCCUGAAUCUUCCAGAUUUCUUUGUUUGCUGCUUUUCAAAGCAGCAGAGAAAAACAGGAAUGCAUCUCAGAAUCAAACAUUGCAAAUGCAAUUUCAUAAUAGCACCAUGGGAAAACAACACGGUAGCAAAUAUAUAACACAUUGUAAACGAACAACAUUUCAGCAGUGUAAAUAUAACAAGAUUGCAUUAACAACAUAACACUUUCUGGCGGUCGUGAAAAUGAAAAGCGGGCCUGUCAGUUUCACCUAUAUCCUGGGGUGAAGCCUAAUGGGAUGCUUGUUUGGGGUGGAGAGCAGCACCAGGGGGCUCAAUGUGACGAGCCUGAUUGCGGUGGGGGGGGGGGGGCGCAAGGAUGUGGGACUUAAUGGCCAUAGAGGUAUGUGGGUAGAACAAUCAGAACAGCUUUCGUGGAGGCAAGCAGGGCAUCACCUGCCCCUUUCAUUUUGGGCCCCACAUCCCAGGAUUUGACUAUUUGGAGGAUUUAGGACACCUAAAAAGAAAUCCAUUCUUUACUCAGAGCUUAGUUAAUCUCUGGAACUCCCUCCCACAGGAGGCAGGGAUGGCCACCAAUUUGGAUGUCUUUGAAAGAGGCUUUGAGAAAUCUGUGGAGGAGAGGGCUGUUGAGAUGGAGGCAGCAAUGCUUCUGAAUGCCGCAAGUUGCUGGAAGCCACAGGAGGGGAGAGCAUUGUCUCUCCUGCUCAGAUCCUGCUUGCUGGUUUCCCAUUGGAGCAUCUGGCUGUUUAGGACAGAAUGCUGAACUGUGUGGGCCAUUGGCCUGAUCCAGCACUUACGUUCAGGUAUUCAUUGCUGAGGAUUCUCUAUUGUCAGCUGUUGUAUCUCUUCUCCCCACACCUGUGGGUGAUUGGUGGCCUGUUGUCUCUGUCUGUCUGCUCCAAGUAGAACGAUGCCCUUUCUGCUGUGAGUAGGUCACUUCCUCGCAAAGGGCAGGUGGAUCCUCAGGCAGAGGGGGAGCAGUGAAAGGUGAAGGGUCUGAUGUGAAAGGUUGGGAAGCUGGCCUUUUGGAUCCCUGUCAAAUGCCUCCUCUCCAGUCUCCACCAUAUCAAGAGUUGCAGCAAGAUCAGAAAAGGGCACCCUCAAACAAUCAGAUGACUCCCCCAAGAGGAAAGGUUGCAGCAUUUGGGACCUUUUAGCGCAGGGAAAAAGCGAUGAAGAGGCGGCACAAUAAAAGUUUAAGAAAUCAUGCAUAGCCUGAGGAAGGCGGGCAGAGAAAAGCUGUUCUCCUUUUCUCGUGACUCCAGAGUUUGUGGACUUCCGGUGAGGCUGAAUGUUGGAAGAUUUAGGACAGACAAAAGAAAGUCCUCCUUUGUUAACCUAUGGGACUCGCUGCUGCAGGAGGCAGGGAUAGCCACCAACUUGGAUGGUUUUAAAAGAGGAUUGGAUAAAUUGAUGGAAGAGGGGGCUACUGAUGGCUACCAGCCACAAUGGCUCUGCUCUGCUUCUAUGGUUGGUGGCAGUAAGGCUUCUGAUUAUCAGUUGCUGGAAACCGCAGGAAGGGAGGGGCUCUUGUUCUCAAAUCUUGCUUGCAGGAGUAGCUCAAUCCCUUUAGCUUAACUUGUGUAAUGUCAGGCUUUCUGUUCAAGACCAGUAGAAAUCUGGAACAAAUCUGGAGCCAGCGGUUCCUGCCUUCUGCAGGGCUAAGUGGAGGCAAUGGACAGCGAGGGGCUUAGGAGAUGGGAAGGAGUCUGAAGCUUGAAUGGAACCCCUGCAACACUUUCUGUAGAGCUACAGCACCUGCCUUGCAAGCAGAAACUCCCAUCUUCUACCCCUGCUGGCAUCUCCAGUUGGGGCUGGGAGAGAGACCCCUUCCUGAAAUCCUGGAGCACCAUCGCUGCCAGUCAGUAUAGACAGUACCGAACUAGAUGGACCAAUGGUCUGACUUAGUACGAGGAAACUUCCUAUCUUCCUUUGCUAUCUUAAAGGCAGCAAAAACUACUUAACAUAUAAUGUACACCCAGAACAGCAGAAAUGCUGUUUUGGGAGCUGAAGGCAGCCAGGCCAAAAUCUGUAAUGCUCCAAAUCUUACUGGAGAAAACCUGUCUUUUCAUAACUUGUUCCUUUACAACUGCGAGGGGCUGGACAUUUCCAGGAAUUUCCAGGCCUUUUGCUUUGCAGGAAUCCUGCAUCAUGGUGUUUGUAGGCUGAAAUCUCACCCUGUGUCGUGGUGUUUAUCGGGUGAAAUCUGUUAAGCUGAGCUGCUGUUUUGAAGGCCCUGUAUACUUUUGUAUACAGGUGUCCCCUGCUUACAUGGGGGUUAUGUUCCGAGCCUCUGCGUGCAUCACUGAAAUUGCAUAAAGGGGGGAGCCCCCCCCACUUUAAUAGAGAGCAUGUGUGGGGAGGAGAGAGACUUAUGUGCGCCGCUGGGGCUGCUGCCUGGAAGUUGCUUGAGGCCUCUGCCCAGCAUGCCUUCCCUCCAUUCAGUGCCAUCGCAGCAAGCGAGUGGCCAAGAGCGACUUCCAGGCAGCUGACCUGAGCAAGGGAAAGCAUGCCGUUUCAUUCAAAUUCUUUACUUACUUUGCGGCGACCCUUGAAAAAGCAGUCGUGUGCAAGUAGAAUGCGCGUUAAGUGGGGGAAUGCCUGUAUAUUCUUUCCUCUAAGGGCAACCCAAGAGUUUAAGCAGCCCUGCAAAAGGGAAGCAGGGUGAGUGGAUCCUCCAUGGCAGUACUUGCCCAGCAAAGGCCCCCAUAGCUCAGUGGUAGAGCAUCGAUCUUGAAGGCAGAAAAAUCCCUUUCCCAAUGGCAUCUCCAGGUAGGGCUAUAAUAGACUUCUGCCUGAAUCCCUGGCAAGCUAUUGCUGCCAGUCAGUGUAGACAAGAGAAGCAAGGGUCUGACUCAGUAUAAGGGAGCUUCCCAUGUUCCUAUUCAGCUGAGCCUGCUAUUGAGAAGCAUGAGGACUGGAAUCUUACUUUAUUCCUAGCAGAAGGGUCGCAGCUCAGUGAUAGAGCAUCUGCCUUGCAAGUUCAAUCCCCAGUGGCAUCUGCAGAUAGGGCCAGGAGAGAGACCCCUUAACUGAAAACCUGGAGGGCCAUUGCUGCCAGAAAGCAUAGACAGUGCUGAGCAAGAUAGACCAAGUACUCAAUAUAAGGCUGCUUCCUGUGUUCCUUUGUCUCUCGUCCUGUCUCAUGCCUGACCUUAAUCUUCCUUGACUUCUCCUCCUUGCAUCCACUGAGCACUGAUCCUCAGCCUCUGGGUGGGCCAAAGAUCUUCGUCUGAUCUCGGAUCCCCCGCGAGUCCCAAGACCUCUCUGCUGCCAACUUCCAGAGAUCGCCGUAAAAAGCAAGUCUGGACCACCCACGUUUUUGUCUUCCCCUGAAACCUCGAGAGAUGUAAGCUCCUCUCCCCUUGCCUUUUCUAUUACUGGCAGGAUUUAAGCCCAGAGGAAGCUUAAAAGGAGGGUGGGCGGGGGCUGUUCUCUUCCGCUGUGCCCCCCGCCCCGGUUUCCAAAACCCAGGUGGAGAAUCUGCUGCAUUUUCUGGACCAUGGCAGUUUCCUGGGGCUCAUCAUUCUCUCACCUGCUGCCAGACACCCUGGGCACAGCUGUUACCCCUCUUCUCCUGCCGGGAACGUCAAAAAGGAUAUUGUGGAGUUGGAAAAGGUUCAGAAGAGGGCAACCAAAACUAUCAAGGGGAUGGAGAGACUCUCCUAUGAAGAAUAGUUGCAGCAUUUGAAAACAGGUUGUAGUGCAAAUAAAAAACCGGUUGCGACAUAUGAAGAAAUCUUGCAGUUUUUCGGACUUUUUAACUUAAAGAAAAGGUGAGGAAGAGGGGACACAAUAGAUGUUUAUAAAAUCAUGCAUAGAAGUUUUAAAAAUGCUCCUCUCUCAUAGAAUCAUAGAAUAUUGCAGAGUUGAAAGGGAUCACCAAGGGCCAUCUAGUCCAGCCCCCUGCAAUGCAGGAAUCAACAAGCCCUGACAGAUGGCCAUCCAACCUCUGCUUAAAAGCUCCAAUGAAGGAGAGCCCACCACAUCUUGAGGGAGUGCGUUCCACUAUCAAACAGCUCCCAUUACACUAGAACUGGUGGACAUCCCAUGAAGCUGAAUAUGGGAAGAUUCUGGACAGAUAGAGGAAUGUCCCUUCUCAAUGCAGCACAGAGUUAAACUCUGGAAUUCCUAACCUCAGGAGGCAGUGAUGUCCACCAGCUUUAAGAUGGCUUUAAAAGAGGAUUAGGCAAAUUCAUGGAGGGGGAGAGGGCUAUCGACCACAAUGCUUCUGAAUCCUAGUGGCUGGAAGCCACAGGAGGGGAGAGGGCUGUUGUGCUCACGUCCUGCUUGUUGGUCUACCUUUGGAGCAUCUGUUUGGGCGCUAAGAACGGGAUGUUGGACUGGAUGGGCUAUUGGCCUGAUCCAGCAGACAAGUUCUUUCCUGUGUUCUUCCAGAACCUCCAGUCCCAGAGGCAGUCUAUCUAGAUUUCGAGGCUCUUAGGGGCAUCUGGCCACUGUGGGAACAGUUUGCUAGACUAGUUGUCCUCAUCCAGCAGGCCCUUUUUAAGUUCUCAUGUUUUGGGCCGCAUCUUCCUCUUUCUUCUUCUUUCAUUGCUCGGAGCUUGGAUUUCCAAACAACCGGCAAGGCCUGCAAAAGCCUCAUGUGACAUUUUCUCCCCAUCCUCUUGGAGUCCCUGAAACAUCAAGCUUCUGAAUGCUAAACGGCUUUCAUUAAAAAGCUUCUUUUCUCCAAGGUGUUAGGCAAGGAGGCAAAGGAGAGGAUUUUUCUUUUUAAUUUGCUUCCUUGAAAAGAAACACGAAGGUCCUGGCAAGUUGCAGUGAGCGCACGGGCCAAGUGGUUCGACGGAGCCAAGACGAUCAAGUGAGAGAGGAUGCUUGAUUUGGACGUCUGUCCAGUGGUCAGUUCCUGAAAGAGAACCAUGAAGCUUAAGCCUGCCGGCAAGGUGGUGCUCUUUCCUUCCUUGGAGGUUUCUAAAUAGAGGUCGGAAGGCCAUCUGUCGGGAUUUUUGAGCUGGGAUUCCUGCAUUGUGUGUGGAGGGGUUCAACUAGAGGACCCUUGGAGAUCCCUUCCCACGCUUCAGUUCUGUUAUUCUUUCCCAGUUCCCUGCCCUUCUGAACAUGGCCCCAAACAAUGCACCCUGCAACGAGAUGUUCUGGCUGACACCACCUUGAACUUCUGCAAAGGCUUUGCUUUGCGAGAUACCGAGGUUUUUGAGGAAAAGCACUCCCUCUCGCCCCGGUUUUUAGUUUAUUUUGGAUCCCCUCCCCCCUCAAGAGGUUCCCGGCAUAGCUUUCCAGAAGUGAAAAUUACCGGAAAACAAAUAAGCAUUCAGAUACAAAAUAAGAUAAAAGCAAACUGCAGGAUUUUAAGACUUUGGAAAGUUGCCCCCUUCUUCUUUUUAAAGGUCUCUGUCUUCAGAUAUCUGAAGGGCUGUCAUGUGGAAGGCGGAGCAAACUUGUUUUCUGCUGCUCUAAAGGGGAGGACCAAAACCAAUGGAUUCAAAUUGCAAGAAAGGAGAUUCUGACUAAAUACUAGGAAGAACUUUUUGAGGGUAAGAGCUGUUCAAUAGCAGAACACACAAGCUCAGGAGGUCAUGGACUCUCCUCCUUAGAGGAUUUUAAGCAGACGUCAGAUGGCCGGCCACCUGUCAGGUAUUCAUGAGAUGUGAUUUCUGCAUUGCAGGGGGUUGGACUAGAUGACUCUUGGGGUCCUUUCCAACUCUUGGCUGCCCUCCUCUGCACAGCUUGUCAGUAUCCUCCUUAAAUCGGGGUGCCCAGAACUGUACAUAGGACUCCAGGUGGUGUGGGGCCAAGGCAGAAUAGGUUGCUAUUCGUUCCCUUCAUAUGGACACUAAACUUUUGUUGAUCAAGCCUAGGAUUGCAUGAGACUUUUUUGCUGCUGCAUCACACUGUUGACUCAUGUGAAGCUUGUGGUCUCUACUAAGACCACCAGAUCCUUCCCACCUAUGCUGCUGUCAAGGGAGGUAUUCCCCAUCAUAUAGUUGUUCAUCUGAUUAUUUCUGCCUAAGGGGAAGAACCUGACAUUUGUCUGUGCCAAAAUGAAUUUUGAGCAUCUCUGGUUCCUAAGCUGAGAGGCCACGGUCCUUUCAAAAUGGACUGCAAUGUUGCAAUUCUGAUGUUGAAAAUUAUUUUACACAUUUGCAAUUAACUGUGACUCCUGCAUUGCCUAGAUGACCCUUGGAGUCCCUUCCAACUCUACUGUUCUGUGAGUGUGUGUUCUAAGGGAUUCAUCCCAUGCCUUUUGGUAAAACUCCCAGGGUGCCUUGCAGAAUGUAGAAACGCAGUUGGAACUGAUGCAGAACAUGGAAAUGAAAAAUUUGCUAAAUCACCAAGAAAAAGUAUUUGCUUGCACACACACCCCCCUUAAAUAUUCAGUUGGAUGAGAUAAAGGAUGAAGGCUCCUGAAGGCAGAUGCAAAUGUCAGUGCCCAUCAGGGUGUUUGAAGUCCAGCUGGUGAGGAAAUGUAGUGUAUUUAUAUUUAAUUAAAUUGCUUGCAGGCUGAUGUUCUAUGAAAACGGUCAGCAUGGCAUUUAAACUAUCAAAUGUCUGAAUCUAGCCCAGGAAAUGAAUUGUUGAACACGCUUUAAAAUGGGCAAAGCAGAAGACACUGCUUAAAGGAAGAGCCCUCUGGAUCAGGCUUAUCUGGUCCAGCAUCCUGUCCUCACAGUGGCCAACCAGAUGCCUCAAGAGGAAACCCACAAGCAGGAUUUGAGCACAAGAACCCUCUCCCCUCCUGUGGUUUCCAGCAACUGGUAUUCAGAAACAUUUAUUUUCUCUCUGACUUUGGAGGCAGAGCAUAGCCAUCCUGGCUAGUAGCCAUUGAUAGUGUGAUUCUCCUCCAUGAAUUUGCCCAAUCCUCUUGGUUGGUAGCCAUCACUGCCUCCUGUGGAAGUGAGUUCCAUACAUUAACUCAGAAGGACUUCCUUUUAUCUGUCCUGAAUCUUCCAAUAUUCGGCUACAUUAGAUGCCAUGAUUUCUAGUGUUUGCAUCCUGCUUGUGGAGUUCCCACUGGGGCAUCUAGUUGGCCACUGUGAGAAGAGGAUGCUGGACUUGAUGGGCCAUUGGCCCUGAUCCAGCAGGCUCUUCCUUUCUUUUUAUGGAUCUUCCAGGUCCAGUGGCAGUCUACCUAGAUUCCUUGGGGCAUUUGGCCAUUGUGAGAACAGGUUGGAUGGGCCAUUGGCUUGAUCCAGCAAUCUCUUCUUAUUUUCUUGGGUCCGGGAGCCCAAAGGAAUUUCCUGUCUGAAAUACCUUUCCCCCCAGCUGUUUUGGUACAGAUUUCCUGUAGGACCUAAACUCAGAAAGAAUUUCAUAUGAUUUACUUAAUGAUUUUGUUGGGUUUGAUCUGAAUGCAAAGGAAAGGGAAAGAUGUGUGGAGUUUUGCCUCUGCUCUACCUGCGCCUUUAAAAGUACCCAGACAGCUUGCACAGCUGCAAGAGUCAUUUAGCCCCAUAAAAAGGCCAGCAGCUUGGAUUUUGCUGCAGCCACGGCACGUUAAUGGUGCGCUGGAGCCCAAAUCAUAACAGAGACCUGCUAAAGGGAACCUGGGAGGCAGCUCAGAAUGCUUAAUUUUGUCCAAAGCUUACUGUUUAAGAGCCCCCUUACAUUUUAUCUUUCGCCAAGCGUUCUACGUUCCAAAUCUUCCAACCUGCCCAGAUCACAUUUUGCUUUGAAAGAUGGAAAUAACACACGCAAACCCCACCCCAAAGUUAUAGUUUCGCUGAGUGUGUGGGGAGGAGAGACUGUGCAAGUCUGCACUGAUGCACUCAUGGAAUGGCACCAUUGUAGAGUUGGAAGGGACCCCAAGUGUCACUUAGCCCAAUCUCCUGCAAUGCAGGAAUCACAGUUAAUAAUCCAGACAGAUGGCCAUCCAACCUCUUGCAUUUUUAUAGAAACCAUAGGAGAGGAGUUGGGCUCUUAUGCUCAGAUCCUGAUUGUAGGUUUCCCAUUGGGGCAUCUGGUUGGCCACUGUGAGAACAGGGUGUUGGACUAGAUGGGCCAUUCAGGCUCUUCUGAUGUGCUUAUGUGGUACCCAAGUGGUGUAGUGCUUAGAGUGUCUGGCUUGAACCUGGGAGAGACCAGGGUACCAAUCCCCACUCCGCCAUGAAACUCACUGAGUGUGACCUUGGGGGCAAGUCUCUGCCUCUCGGCCUAAGCUACUUCUCAGGAUUGUUGUGUGGAUGAAAGGAGGAAGAGAAACAUGUGCACCACCUUGAGCUCCUUGGAGGAAAAAAGGAGGGCUACAUAAAAGGCAAAGGGACCCAUGACCAUUAGGUCUAGAUGUGGCCGAACUCUAGGGUUGUGGCGCUCAUCUCGCUUUAUUGGCCGAGGGAGCCGGCGUACAGCUUCUGGGUCAUGUGGCCAGCAUGACUAAGCCGCUUCUGGCGAACCAAAGCAGCGCAUGGAAACGCUGUUUAUCUUCCUGCCUGAGCGGUACCUAUUUAUCUACUUGCACUUUGACGUGCUUUUGAACUGCUAGGUUGGCAGGAGCAGGGACCGAGCAACGGGAGCUCACACCGUCGCGGAGAUUCGAACCGCCGACCUUCUGAUCGGCAAGUCCUAGGCUCUGUGGUUUAACCCACAACGCCACCCACAUCCCUGGAGGGCUACAUACAUAUGCAAUAAAAUAAAACAGGUAGUAUGUUCUUACUCGUUACUGUUGUUCUCGGGAGGCAAAAGUGGUUCUGUGGACGAUAGCAUGAUGCUUACUUAGCAGGCUUUUUUGUGAGAACAUAAGGAGUGUCUGCUGGAUCAGCCCAAUAGCCUAUCUUGCCCAGAACUCUCUUCUCACAGGGGCCAGCCAGAUGCCCCAAUGGGAAACCCACAAGCAGGAUCUGAGCCCAAAAGCACCCUCUCCCUUCCUGCAGUUUCCAGCAACCUGUUUUCAGAAGCAUUGCUGCCUCUGACCAUAGAGGCAGAGCAUAGCAACUGUGGCAAGGAGCCAUUGAUAGCCCUCCCCUCCUCUAUGAAUUUGUCUAAUCCUCUAUUCAAGACAUCCGGCUUGGUGGCCGCCACUGCCUCUUGCAGGAGCAACGUCCAUAGUUUAUGUGCGAAUAAGUGAUUUCUUUUCUCUGUCCUGAAUCUUCCGACAUUCAGCUUCAUUGGAUAUCCAUGAGUUGCAGUUUUAGGAAGCAGCUACGUGAGGGUGGGCUGGCAGACGUGCUUCUCUCCCUCCUCUUUCUCCUGGCCAGUCAUCAUUGUAUAAGCUUCUGUCAUGUCGCCUCUCCAGCACCUUUUCUCUAAACUGAAAAGCCCCAUACGCUGUAGUCUUUCUUCACAUGCUGCAACCUUCCCCCCACAUGGGCAUUGUUCAAUCCUCUCGAUCAUCUCAGUUGCCCUUUUCCGAACCUUUUCCAGCUCUGCGAGUUCAGGCAUCAACAAUGCUGAUGUCCAUGCUUUGUGUGGCCCAGCGCACUCCCUCCUGCUUCUGCCUCUGCCCUGUGUGCUUUCCGUGCCUAGAAGAAUUAUCACCCCGGUGCUUCCAAGCAGGGAAAGUGAAGAGAAGUGACCCAUGUGAUUUGGCUAGAAUUCAUUUCAUGCCUUGCGCUGUAGCCUUAAAAAAAGAAGAAGAAGAAAUAGAAUGCCCUACCUGCCUUCGGGAGCGUUCGUCCUUUAUCUCAACCUCUAACUUAAAAGUGUGUUCUCCAACAGAAGUGUCUAGCAAGAAGAGCUGCCUUUUUCUGCCACCAGGAAAAGCGUCCAGCAAGAAAGCUAAACUGUGAAGCUCUAGCAGUGAGCCAAUUAUGGUAGAAAUCCACUGUCCCAUCUCCCCCAGCUACUGUUUUCCACCCGAAUGACCUUAUAAAGCAAUUGCUUAUGUUGUUGUUGUUAGAUUUAGAAUUAUAGAAUUGUUGGAAGGGACCCCACCCCCAGGUCACGUAGUGCAACCAUGUGCGGUGUUGGAAUCGCAGCCAAAGAAUCCCCAACGGAUGAUCAUCUAACCUGCUUAAAAACGUCCAAGGGAGAGGCCACCACCUUCUGAGGUCAUAGAAGCGUAUAAUUGUAGAGUUGGAAGGGAACCCCCAAGGGCCAUCUAGUCCCACCCCCUCCAGUGCAAGAAUCACAGCUAAAUAGAAGUUAUUUAAAAAUACAAAUAUAGAUACAAUUAUAAAUAAAAUAUAAAUGCAUAAAUGUAAUUUCAAUGCAACGUUCUUUGCUGUCUAUCCUUUUUUUUCUUUUUUGCUGCAAGAUUAGAUGAGUGUAUAUAUUUAUUUUUUCACACAUUCAUUUUUGGGAUACAUGUGCAAACAACUGCUACUGUCCUGAGUUUUAUUGUGUUGUUACCUUCCUUAGUGGGUGGGGCAUGCAGACCACUAUUCUGAAUACAGUCAUACCUCUGUUACGUUUGUUUCAGGUUAAAUCUUUUCAGGUUGUGUCCCACGGCAACCCGGAAGUACCGGAAAGGGUUACUUCCGGGUUUUGCUGCUCGUGCAUGCGCAGACGCUCAAAAUGACAUCACACGCAUGCACAGAAGCAGUCGUGACCCGUGCAUGCGCAGACGCGGGUUGCGUUCUGCUCAGGUUGCAAAUGGGGCUCCGGAACGGAUCCCUUUUUUAUUGGGUAGGGUAGGGUGGGGAGGGGAGCUCUGGGGGUGAAUCUGGAAUUCUGUGCACAUUUCUUUUCACCUCACAUCAAAAAGGAAAUAGUGGAGUUGGAAAGGGUUUAGAAAAGGGCAACCCAAAUGAUCAUUUUGGAGAAAAGCAAAUAAGAGGCAACAUUACAGAAGUUUAUAAGCUUAUGGAUGGCAUGGAGAAUUUUUUUUUCUUGGCCCCCUCAUAACACUAGAACUUCGUGGACAUCCCAUGAAGCUGAAUGUUGGAAGGUUUAGGACAGAUAAAAGGGAAGUCCUUCUUGGCACAGCACAACCUUUGGAAGUUGCUUCCACAGGAGGCAGUGAUGGCUAUAAAAGAGGAAUGGACACAUUUAUGGGGGAGAGGGCUACUGGUGGCUACUAGCCAUGAUGGCUAUGUUCUGCCUCCAUCGUGGGAGGCAGCAAUGCUUCUGGAUACCAAUUGCUGGAGACCUAGGUUUUGGGGGUGGGGAGAGUGCUCUUGUGCUUAAAUCCUUCUUUUGGAUUUCUCAUUAAGGUAUUUGGUUGGCCUCUGUGGGAGCAGGAUGCUGGAGCAGAUGGGUCACUGGCUUGAUCCAGCAGCUGGACCCUUCUGAUGUUCUUAUGGAACCUCUAGGUUCUUGGUGUGUUUGGCCAUUGUGAGGGCAGCAUGCUGGACUAGGUGGGUCAGUGGCCUGAUUCAGCAAGCUCUUAUGUACUUCGUUGCUUUGAGCAAAACAGCAAUUGAUCUCUCCCAGCUAGGGAGUCCUGCUUACCACUCAGAUCUUUGUUCGAGAUCUGCCUUCUGUCUGGGACAUCUUUUGGAAGGAGUCCAUAUCGGUGGAACCACUCCAUUUCUCCAGUUCUCUGUGACCCUAUUUCUCUGCCUCUCCCUCCCUGGGCAUUGAGCAGAUGAGCUUGUAAUCAGAGAAGGAGCCUUUGUCGACCGCACUGGCAUUGUGGUUUUAGUCCUGCCUCCCCGAACCAGGAGGUCUGCAGUCUGUGGAUGGUGGCUCCGUCCAGUCUAUCAAGAACGAGAGAUUCCGUCUGGGUUGCUCCGGUCUGGUCUGGUGAUUGUGGAGGGGAGAGGGGUGACAGAGAGUUGAGCUGCGCUCUGUUCUGCAAUUACAGCCACUUUGGAAAACUGGUGGGUUUACAUUCACAAAGGAUGUCAGAGUUAACAGUGACUGCGUGCAAGUUAAACUUUGGGCACCAUAAUACAAUGGUCGAGGUUGUUCCACAAAAAGCUAUAGGUCAGUUUCUGCUAACAUAUAGUAGAGUUCUUCUUAGAGUUAUAGAAUGGUGGGAUUAGAAGGUAAGAGUCAUCUAGUCCAACCCCCUGCAUUAGUGGGAAAUCAGCACCAAAAGACCAUGGAGAGGAGCAUUGCUGGAUCAGGCCAAAGGAGGCCCACCUAGUCCAGCAUCCUGUUCUCACAUUGGCCACCCAGAUGCCCCACUGGGAAGCCCAUGAGCAGAACUCAAUUCUAUUUUCAAAAGAGAGAUUGAAUGCACGUCUGCCAGGAAUCCUUAGCUGUGAUUCCCAUGAUUCAGGGGGUUGGACCAGAUUGCCCUUGGGGGUUCCAUGCCAAUUGUAUGCCUCUACUGGCCCUUUCCUCCUCCUGCUCCUUCUCCUCUCUGCACAGUCCCACCCUUAGUUCUGUGUCUGGGAUACAUUUGCUGGAGCCUGGAGAGUACAGACAAUAAUAUUGAAAGUUGACUGAGAGGUUGGUUGCUCCCCUCCCCCCUUUUAAGAAAACCUCUCUCUUGUAUUUUUGCUGCAUUUGAACAAACUUAGACACCAUUGGGAUUCAUUUUCGGAUGGCAUAUAUAUUGACCUUCAUGUGCAAAUUGAGAUGGAUGUGUGUAUGCUGUUGAUUGUGAAUGCAAGCAUGAGUUGGGGUUGUGUUUGUGUGUUUUGCGGGGGUUGCAUUCCAGGUCGUUGCAUGCAUCAGUGGUCUCACGUAACCCAGUUCCGCCCCCUUCCAGGAUCGAAAGCGAUGUAUGCGUCAGUGGAUGUCACACGUGCAAAAAUGGUUGCCGCCUGUAAUGGAUUUGCAGGGUUUUUGUUUUGUUUUUUAAAUCACUUUCCUACACCUUAAGGUAUCCCAACAAGAUUAUGAUUUGAACCCAGAUUUCCACCCUACCCCAAGUGCCUGACACUCCAUCUGCUUCAGUGCCCUAGUUAACUCAGAUGUACCUGUCCCUGGAGAUAUCUGAAUUGGCCACAUGGACACAUGCCUUAAUUGCAUUCUGUCAGGACUGCUGUGACACACUUUAUGUGGGACUGCCUUUGAAAAGUGCUCAGAAACUGACUGGGGCUUGUUAUAGGGAGCAGACAGCUCCCUUGCUGCAACAGUUCCAAUGGCUACCAGUCUGCUCCUGGCCACAAUUCAAAGGGAUAGUUAUGACGUAUAUCUGGAAAGCAGGGUAUCUCAUGAAUCUGCCUGGGCUUUGAGAUUUUUGGAGGCUACUUUUCUCUCAGACCUACCCCUCUCAUAGGCAUGAUUGGUGAGGAUGUGGGACGGGGCCUUCUUGGUGGCUACUCCCUCGCAACUUAGGAUCUCCCUCCUUAGAGAAGCCAGGCUGGCUCCCUCCUGGCUAUCCUUCCACUAGCAGGCAAAGCCCUUCUUCUGGGUUUAUGGGAACUGAGUGCUUUUUAAGGAAAGGGCAUUUUAAUAGUGCUUUGCCGUUUUUACUAACGUUAUUUCAAUAAAUUGAUCUUUUCGAUUCUGUUGUGGUUUAAUUACUUUUGAACUGUUAUAUUUUACAUGUUUUUCAUUUUCUGUGUUUUACCUGUGGGUUUUUCUUUUUUUUAGAAAACAAUUUUUAUGAAACUGGAGGUUUCUAAGCAGAUGUUGGUUGGCCACCUGUCAGGGAUUUUUAGCUGUGGUUCCUUCAUUACAGGGGGUUGGACUAGAUGACGCUUGGGUGUACCAUUUGAAAUCCACCAUUCCCUGGAGCGCUAGUGCCACUGCUGCCAGCCACACCUCCUCUCCCUUUGCACACCACACCUGUGAGCGUCUCUGUGCCCCAUGCAGUGCCUCCUUGGGUGCCACCUGCAAGAGAUCAGUACCUGAGAUCUCUCCUUCCUUUGCACCAUCUCCAAUUUUUAAAUUAUUGUUAAUUCCACAUAUUUAUGCAAGAAGCAACAAUCCGUUUUCAACCACCCCACCUGCCGCAGAAGCACCAAAUGCCUAUUUAAUUACAUUUCAGUUGUUAGGAUAAGGUAUCAUUCCACCAGUUCUGUUCUCAGAGGCCCAUAACCAUGUUUUCCUGCGUUGCAGGUGCAUUGAUUGAUUGCAAACAGGUCUGCAUUUUGUUUUGGUUCCUGCAUUGCAGGGGGUUGGAGUCGAUGACCCUUGGGGUCCCUUCCAACUAUACAAUUCUGUUGUGCAAUACCAUGAAAUAGUAAGCUGUGCAGCAGUCGAUCAGAUGAGCAAUGAGAUCCUUAUCCCCAUUGUUGAGACGUUUCUGAGUAGUACAAUAGAGGUGCUAUUUUGGCAUCCAAACGGAUAUUUUGUUUUGUGAUAAGGCAUGUUUCACAAAAAAAGCUUUUUCCUAAAACAAAAAGACUUUGGGGCAUUGCCACUUUUAACACCACCAUUUGUGGAUGAAUGAGUCAGUGAUGUGCAAUUUCUCUAACGCAUGGCUGAUCAUUUCUAGUUAUGUACUCUACGUGGAGUUUUUCCUACUGGGCUGAGUUCAAGGCGUUACUAUUAAUGUAUAAAGUCCUUAAGAACUGGGGACCAGUUUACCUGUAAGAUCACCAUAUCCCACAUACUUGACCACUUCAAUUGGCGGAACUGGCACCGUUACAGCUGUCACAUAAUGCGCAUUCAGCACCUGUGAGAAUUCGUUCUUUUAGUAUGGUAGAACCUAUACACUUUGGAACAGUUUUUGUUUAGGCAAGGCAACUUAAUUUUGUAGAAUGUAGAGGGAUGUUUUUUAUUCUGUUUUCAGUUUACUGUUGAUUUUAUGUUUUGAAAGAAUUACAUGAGUCACUUUUAAGGUUCUUUUCCCUGAUGGUGUUAUUAUGGGUUUGUAAACCCCUUUGAGAGUUUUUUAAAGCAAGCAAGCUGUGUAUAAAUUCUGAAGUAAACAAACGAACAAAUUAGACUUAGUAAUAAUAUGGUGGGUGGGGUGUGUAGCAUCACCUUAACCCUUACUUAAUCUCCUCUUGCUUUGCAGCUACAUCCAAUGGGUCUCUGGAGGGUUUGGAGAACCGGGAAGGCGGGGUCUGCCAGACACGCUCCAUGAAGAUCAUAAUGAAAGUGGGCCAGGGUGAGUUGCCAAGCCUUUGCAUGCGAUUUCUCCUGCGGUUUGGGAACUUGGUCAAGAAUCGGUCCUCGGGACUGGCUGUGAGCACCUGAUUCUUGCAUUGCAGGGGGUUGGACUAGAUGACCCUUGAGGAUCCCUUCCAACUCUGUGAUUCUAUAAAACAGGGUGGUUUAACAUGCAUGCAAGAUGUUUUCUGGUGGACAAGGGAAGAGGGCAGUCUGCAGGCCGCUCUAUCCUGCAGCAUCCUUGCGGGGUGCCUCCACAGCCAGCUCCGAGGAAGGGAAUCUGCACUGCUGGGGCUUCUGGGGUAGUAGCUCUGCUGGUUUCUCCUCUCCUUCUGAAGGCACAACUUUGACUAAGGAAGUUGCUGGGAAGAAGGGCUGCUUCCUUCCUUCCGAAAACAGUACAUGCUUGUAAACCCACCCACCCUGCUCAAAUGUAAGCAGCCAAUUAGGAAUGCAAAUAACAAUAUUAAUAAUAAUACUGAGGAGUCGGUGGGAGCUUCUGCCUUAAUGCCUGUGUCCAAGGUGUCGUGAGGAAGACCUCAUUUCGUUAAUUGUUCUGUUUGUUUUGCACAUACCUGCCCUCUGGGGAAUCUGAGGAAUACCUCACAAGAGUGAGGGAGAUUACAGCUAAAGCCACACAGUAAACUAGCAGCAAUUGAAGGGCAGUUAUGUGUAAAAGGCAAAGCAACAGGGCCCCCACCAGCAGCUGAAGGCUUCCCUUCCUCCGGACUUUGGAAUCUGGAACAGAUUCAGUCUUCCACUCUGAGCGGAAGAGCGGUGAGGAGGACGAGGCAGGCGCUGCCCCCCACUUCCUCCAACCCUGUGCUCUCCUCCUCUUCUUCUUCUUCACCGGCUGCAUUUAUUUACUGGCUUAAGAGGAGGCUCAGAGUAGUUUGACUGAAGACUUCUAAAAUGGCUGCAGCCAACCAGCAAAAGAGAAAGGAGAAAGAAACGAUUUGCCUUAGCUCUCCUGCUCCCUGAUUCACCCAAUCUUGCUUCCUCCCUCCCUCCCUCCUUGUGGGUUCUGCCUGAAAAUGGCUUCUGCCAACUAAGAAGCAAGGAAGUAAGGAAGUGGGCAAAGGUCUGGCUGUUCAAAUAUCUGAAUCUGCUGUGUGUAUACAGCGAUAUUUGGGCGUUUAUGUUUGCGGCUAACAAGCGGGCGGAUAGGAGGGCCUGCAUGUACUUUUCCACACAGCACAUAGUUAAACCAGGGAACUCCAUCCCACAGGAGGCGGUGAUGCCCACCUCCUUGGCUGGCUCUAACAUACAAAUCCGUGGGGGAAAGGGCUAGCGAUGGCUGCUUGCCACUAUGGCUUUCCUCCACCUCCGCUGUUGGAGGCAGUCAUGCUUCUGAAUAUAAGUUCCUGGAAACCGCAGGAGUGGGAAUGCUCUUGUGCUCGGAUCCCUCUUGUGGGUUUCACAUACUAGGUUUUUGGGCAGCCAGUGUGAGAACAAGAUGCCAGACUAGAUGGGCUCUUCUUACAUUACUAUGCUGCUAUGGAAACCACAGGAGGGAAGGGUGCUCAUAUCUUGCUUUCAGGGUUCCCAUAAUGGGCCUGGCUGCUGUGAGAAGUGGAUUCUGCGUUAGAUGCCCCCCAACCCCCACCCCUGGCCUGAUCCAGCAGGCUUCUCUUGUGUUCUUUCAUUGUUUAGAGUAUCAGCCGCAGUUGCAGGAGCCAAAGAAACAGAUUCCUGUUUCUCUGACACUCCCUUUGCUCAGGCUCAGGGGACACUGAGGAGGCAGGGAGGCGAGACCGCAGCAGUUUCUGAAAUAGCAGAGAAAUUGUCUUGCUCCUCAAAAAAGAAAAGAGGGCAGAGGAACCAGAUGACCUGCCAAGUGGAAACCGCAUGCAAUCAGAUCUGCUGCUAGACACCAGACUUUUCCCAGUGCUGCCUCCACCACCUCUGUUCCCCACCCCCUUGUCUGGAAACCCUGCCUCCUUCAGAAGAGAGGGUCCCACCAACUGAGAAGUCCAGGGGCUUGAGAGCACUGUGGCUCAGGAUAUUUGGGCUUGCACCAAAACCUAAUUUCAUUGCCAGAAUUGUGAACUCUCCUUCAUUGUUGGUAAUUAAGCAGAGGUUGGAUGGCCACCUGUUAGGAAUUUUUUAGCUGCAAUUCCUGCAUUGCAGGGAGUUGGGCUGGAUGACCCCUGGGGUCCCUUCCAACUCUAUGAUUGAGCUUCAUGGGUACACAUUGACUUUCUUUUUCAACAGGUUGAAAUGAAAGUUGGUAGUUCAGUGAGACUUUGAUAUAUCAAGUAGGGAAGGGAAUAUAGCCACCGGUGUAUGAGGCAUGGCACGCACACUAAGACCCCAGAAUUCAGACCAAAUGAAUCAGUCCCCGUUGCUUUGUGGGGCUUUGAGACCUUCACAGACAUUGCACAGCCCUCCAAGCUAUUGAAUAUGCAAUCAUGAGGACUAGAAGCACAGAGGUCAUAGAAUCAUGUGAUUGUAGAGUGGCAGGUCAAACUCAAAGUCAGACUCCUAUCCUUUAGUGUUGUAUGGAUUCCUUCCACCUCUUAAGUGCAUGUCACCUGCUUGACUUCCCUGAUCUAUGACACCCAGCAGCAACCUAACCUUGCAUGCUCUAACCUUGCAUGCUCCUCUGCUGAUAACCUUGCAUGCUGAUAACCUUGCAUGCUGAUAACCUUGCAUGCUCUGCUGAUAACCUUGCAUGCUGUAACCAUGCAUGCUCCCCUACUGACACCCAGCAGCAACCUAACCUUGCAUGCUCUAACCUUGCAUGCUCCUCUGCUGAUAAAAUAAUCUGACCUGGUACUCACCUCCCAAAGGGUCAGGUGCAUAGCAAGAGAGAUUAUGUCCUCUUUCUGGGCCCAGUUUUAUCAUCCCGAUUUUUUCUGUCUUUGUGCCUAGAUCCGAAUGCUGUGAUGCCUGAGCAGCUGACGACCAGCCGGCCCAGCAAGGACUCUGACAAUACAGUCAAAAUUGCCACACAGAGCCCACGCAACCGGCUCCCACCUGUGGAGGACCCUGGGAAGCCAGGUACAGAGCAGGAGCAUAGGAAUCAGACCAUGAACCCCACAAUGCAGGGAAAUGUUUGAGACUAUAAAUCCCAUGAUGCAGGGAGAUAUUUCAGACCAUGCACUCCAUGGUGCAGUGUUUCCGUGAAACAAAAGUACUCAUUCCUGGAAACACCCAGCCCCUUGCAAGUAUAAAGUUAUGAAAAUACAGGUUUUGCCCACUAGGAUCUUCAGCAUGGUCAGUUUGGGUCUGCCUGCCUCUAGUUUCCAAAGCAGCAUUUCUGCGUCACAGAAAAUGACGCCACAGAGUCAUUUUUAUGUACGUUGUCUGUUCACAAAAUAACUGUUUUUCCUGCUGUAAAAGAACAUAGGAUGCUACUUUCUGCAGUGUCAGACCCUUGGUCCAUCUCACUCUGCCUUGUCUACACUGACUGGCAGCAACUCCUCUCCAGGGUUUCAGGAAUUGGUCUCUCUCCCAGCCCUACUUGGAGAUGCCAAUUGGGGAUUGAACCUGGGACCUUCUGCAGGCAAAGCAAGUGCUCUGUUCCCACUGAGCUACUUCCCCAUAGGAAUAGAGAUAGCUGCUUUCGCCAUGACCCUUCUUUUAAAAAUAAGGCUCCUGUCCUCAUGAAUAAAGGCCUGAUUUAAAUAGGAACCUAGGAAGCUGCCUUGGUAUAGAGUCACACUCUUGAUCCAUCCAGCUCAAUCUUGUCUACAUGGACUGGCAGCAGUGACUCUCCAUGGUUUCAGGAAGGGGUCGUCUUCAUCUUUUAAAAACAGCUUUUCAAAACUUAAAUUUUAUUGGACGUGAAACCAUGACACCACUGGGACCCACUUUUACGAACACAAAGCUUCAUUAUAAAUCACUGCCAAGGCACCCAGGAAAGUGGCACAUGCCAGGAAGUUCACCUCUUGGUCCCUGUUGCAGUCUGGAUCUUCCAUCAGUCCCUGGAUCUCUGCCUCCCUCAGUUUCAUUUCAAUGCUACACGCUUUCUGGAUCAGCUCCUCCCUAUUUAGAGCGUUCUUACUGCCUUCCUUGCCUUAAUAUUUGUGCAAAGCGGCAACUAGGAAACCAGUAGGUUGGUCAAGAGGGUGUGCCGUGGUGUGAGAUCAAGAGGGGCUUGGUGCUGGGUGGCAGGAAAAGAAGGGGAAAGUGGUCAGGUCUUUCUUAAAGGAAAGGAAGAUACUAGUUCUCACAAGCAUAAAAAAAUGUAAAUAACAGUUAAGUUUCCUUUUACUUCAUUCACAGCACUAUAGAAUUUUAUAUGAUCCUUCUCCACCCCCAUACCCAUGCCACUAUAUUUUAUUUUUCUUUCUUUCGUUUUCUUUUUCUUCUUGAGAAACAAGGAUGGGUAAUACAUAAUAGUUUUGGUGACAAACUGUAAUAUAGUGACAUGCACACAAUCAGGACAACUAGUAACUUCCUUUCCUUUAAAAGAAAAACAAACACACAUGAGCUCGUCAAAAUUGCAAGAUCCCAAAUCGAAUCCAGCACAGCACAUUUGCAGCCCCUUUGACUGUGGCCUACUGCCAACACACAAUCCUGUGAUUCUUUAGCUGCGAUUCCUGCAUUGCAGGGGGUUUGUCUAGAUGACCUGUGGGGUCCCUUCUGACUCUGCAGUUCUACGAUUCCAUGAUAAAUUGGAGGUUUUGAAACAUAAUAGAAUGCAGAUUAGUGGGGAGGGGAUUCCUGUACCGAGUUUAUUACAUCCCCUCCAACAAUUAGGUAGUAGAGGAUUAGUUUUUAAAUUGCACUCUACAUUGCUUAUUGUAACUGAUGGAUCAAUUCAGCCCUUUAAAAAGAUACUGGAAUGAGAUGUUGGCACACAAACCCUUCCCAUGUCAAAAAAACACAUAUCCUGCCCCCAUUGUUUUUAACAAAACUUUGUUAAGGGUAUCAGAGCUUGCAUUUUUUCAUGCUACUUUAUAAUAAAACUAUGAAUUCGGUUCAAAAUAUAUCCAGCUUCUUUUAAAGAUCGCUAAGGUUAAUUUUGUUUGGUUAGUAGAUUUAGGUUGAUUGCUAUUCUAGAAACCUCUUCCAAGCCCAGAGCCAAUUCACCAAAGUUUCUUUCCCCCCAUCUUUCUCUUUCCUCCCCUCGCACCCCCAGACCACGUCAACCAGGACGGCCAGGAUGGCCAGAGCCCGGGAAACGGCUUCUUCAGCUCCAAGGUGGCUGUCUUCGCCGCCAUUGGGGCGGGUUGCGUGAUCUUCAUCCUCAUCAUCAUCUUCCUCGUGGUCCUGCUGAUCAAGCUGCGCAAGCGCCACCGGAAGCAUACGCAGCAGCGGGCACAGGCCUUGUCGCUCAGCACCCUGGCCAGCCCCAAGUGCGGCGGCAGCGGCGGCUCGGAGCCCAGCGACAUCAUCAUCCCCUUGCGGACUACAGAGAACAACUACUGCCCUCACUACGAGAAAGUGAGCGGGGACUACGGGCACCCCGUCUACAUUGUCCAGGAGAUGCCCCCGCAGAGCCCGGCAAACAUUUACUACAAGGUUUGAGGGAGCAGCAGCCUUGGAAAUGCUUUCUAGAAACUGGGGCACAGGGGGGCAGGGCGGCCUCUGCCAGGAACCACUCCUGCCCGAAACGUGCUUGCGACUGCACUGCACGGCAGAGAGCGGGAGGCGGUCCACCCGCUGCCACGGUGAAGCGCAGAGCACCCUUGCCCCUCACGCCCUUCUCCCUCUUCUCCAGUAAUUUAGUUUUGUAGUUCGGAGAUUUUGUAGUUGAGGUGGAGGAGGAGGAAGAAGGACCUCGCCAGCAGACCCUCCUGCCUCGGGAGUGCCGAGGUCUUCGCCGCCGCCCUCCCCCCCAGCACGUACCGCUGUCCGUGCUUGGGCUUUGUGCCUUUUCCCUCGCUCUUCGGACAUGUCCAGGGAACGUUGCCGUCGCCGUCACUUACUCUUUCCCUUUUUGUUUUCGAUUCCACUACUCCCAAGUUUUUAUGAUUUCAGGUGUUCUCAGGGCGGGGUGUAAAUGUGUGUGUGUUUGUGCACGCCAGGUCAGCUGUCCUUAAACCUGGUCUCCAGGAUAAGUUGGGAAAGGGAGCUGUUUGCCAGUGUGGCAAAGAUGGAGAACCUGCGAAGCGAGGGGAGGUGUCUGGUCCUGACUUUCUCCUGCGACAUCAACUUUUUUGUAACUUCCUUUUGAAGUCGCGGAAUGUUGGAACUCAGAGUCACUGCCACCAGCCUCCCAAGCUUCUUUUAACUAUUUGCUACACACAUAACUCCCCCAGCCAGGAGCUGCACCAGGGCCCUGGAGACCGGCAUCCUCCCCUCUCCUCCAAUGACCCUCUUUGCCAUUUUGAGCUUCUGCUCUUGGACGUUCGGAGCAGCGCUCUCGCUCUCUCCCUCUCUCUCUCCCCGUCUCUCUCCGGUUUGGGCCUGUCUUCUUUAUUUUUAGUUUAGAAAACAGAAAAAGAUUUUUAAAAUUAAAAUAAAGGUCUGCAAUAGUCAGCAAGAGACAGACAGAAAGGGAGGCUUCAUGUGUGUAAUGGGUGUUGGGAAGGGUCGUUUGGGAUGCUGCCUUGUAUCUUGUCUGAGACAUGGGCUGCCACCUUCCUCCUGUGCAGGGACCGUUCAGGGAGAACUGAACCACUGGCUUACAAGGUGUGUUUUGCUGCUGCAAGGAAAGCAGAAUCUCAAAGUUCAGCACUUGCAUUUUCCAUGGACGAAAAACCAAUACAGUGGUACCUCUGGUUACAUACUUAAUUCGUUACGGAGGUCCAUUCUUAACCUGAAACUGUUCUUAACCUGAAGCACCACUUUAGCUAAUGGGGCCUCCCGCUGCCAUCGUGCGAUUUCUGUUCUCAUCCAGAAGCAAAGUUCUUAACCCGAGGUACUAUUUCUGGGUUAGCAGAACCUGUAACCUGAAGUGUCUGUAACCCGAGGUACCACUGUACAGUGAGGCCUGCACCUGCUCUCUAACCCAGUGACCCUAGGCAUUAGGAAUCAAGCCCACUGUUUUACCCUUUCUAGUGUCCUCAUCCUGCUUCUUAGAGCUCGCCCACACUUUUCCUUGGCCCUUAUUUGGAAUGCAUCUUGUCCCUAUUAAUUCCUCUGUGUCUAUGCGCUUUCCUUGCUGUUCCACAGCUGUGCCUUGCGAAAAUCCAAUCUCACCCGCUGAUCUGAAGCUCAGGUAAGCAAAAUCCCUCUUCAGAUUUUCCACAUAUCUGAUAAGAUCUGAUUCACUGGGUAAGACCGGAUUUUCACAAGGUACAGCCGCAGAACGGCGAGAAAAGCUCUUAGACCUGAGGGAAUGAAUCGGUCCAUGAUACGAUCAAAAUACGGUGUCAAGCAAAAAUGCGGAUGAGCCCUUAAUCUCUCUCGGAAGUUGUACAGAUAGGGACUGUUAACAACCUUUUUUUUUCAGAGGCAGGGGGCUCCGGCACUGAAGACCACGUUGCUUCCUGGUUCUUGGCACCAAUUAAAAUGCCACAUGACACAGUCUGCUUUAAGUUUUGAGGGAUUUUGUGAGAACAAAGGGAUGCAUGUGCAGGCCUGUGCAGAUAAUCAUUUUCUGUUCCGCAGAAGCUGCCUUGAGGUGUGCAAAAGUGCUUCUCUCAGGCAUCCCAACAUUGCUGGCGUGGUGUGUCCAGCAAGCAGUGAGCUCAGAGGAGUUGACGAACUUUGAGGCUGGAGGGGCGAUUCAGUCUCAAAUGGUUUUGAGUGACAAAAGCCAGUUGUCUGAGGCCAAGAGGGGGCUGGGAGAGAGAGAGAGAAAGCCGUCACCUUAUCCGUUCUCACAAGAGGUCUGUAUCUAAACCCAGCAACGCCUCCCCCCCAAAAAAAUUCUGUCGGAAAAGACAGACUUUUGGACCACGUCAUCCCUCAGACAAACUCCAUAUGGUGUGGAAGGGAGAGAGCCCAUCACUGAUGUCACCCACUAGCCCAUUUAGCAACAGCACUGAGGUUCUUAUUUGCCCAGGGUGUGGUAAGAAUUUUUUUCUCCACCACCAGUUCAUUACCCAAGUGAGGGAACAGCUUUUAAAUAAAACACGGAACCAAGACCAUUACAGCAAGCUUCAGCAGAUCCAGUUAGGUGCUCGGAGUUUAUGAGAUACUAUUGCAAUAGGACAGAGCCCAACUUAACAUGGCUGUUCUAGCUGAAGCCCAUUGCAGUCAGACUUCUUGACUUUGAGGCGCAUCCUCAGUGGAAGGAACCGCAGCCGUGGCUUCCACAACCCCUAGGAGAGUUGGGGGUUGGGGUGGGGAAUCUUGCCUGUCCUGUGGCUGGCUGCCUCACGUGUGGAAGAGAGGGAACAAAUCUUGAUGGUCGGCUGGCACUCCGGGAAUCCUGGCCCCUGUUGCUGUGCACUAGAAGCGGGGCUCAGCUCCUCCUCUGAUCACACCAGCAUUCCCAGCUGGGUGCUCAGAUCAGGGCAGAAGCGCCAAUCAAAGACCCUGCUCCAACCUUUUCCUUUUGUCGUCUGGCGACAGACACCUCCCCACCAACCUGUCCCCAUGUCCCAUGUCUCCAGAUGGGUUAGCACAUUUUCCAUGGGUGGGGAGCCCUGCACUCCACUUGAUCACUAACACACCCAAUCUGCCUGAUCCACAACUGGGCUGUGACGUUCUAAAGGUUUGGGGGCACCCCCCCCAAAUGAGAGCCAUUUGCCCUCAAUUUGUUGGGUUGAAUUUGUCAUGCCAGAGGCCUUACUUUGUGUAGGGGAGGAGGACCCCCCCCUUGCCCCCAGGCCCAGGCCUGGUUUGCCCCCACUACUCUGGGGGAGAGAGAGACACACAGACAUUGUUCCUCCAUCACACCUAUGGGCCUAGCACCCAUGCCUCCCUGAGGCUGUAGCUGCCUGCCGUCCCUGCUUGCAUCAAAGCCUUAUUUCUCCACUUCAUAGGUAGAUUUUGCUUUCACACUGACUAGGCCAGGUGGUCUCGGAAGGCCUUGAAGGGAGCUGGAGACACUGCAGCAGGGCGCCCUCCACCCCCGUUACAGCUGCCAGCAUGCUAUGCCCUUAAACCCUCUCUGCCUUCCCUUUUGAUACAAACUUCUGCUCAAGGCAAUAAUCUGAGGCUUGAUGGACUUGGGAAGAAUUGAGCAGGCGCACAUAUCACACACCCACACCCAAACACAGCCAGCUAAUCUCUUGAGGUCUCCCCAGUUGGGCUACUUCAGCUGCACCUUCUUCAUGUCCAAUGCAGUUUGGCUUCUUCCUGCCUUUCACCCCACCACCACCGCCCCAUCCCCAAUGCACUGACUCUCCCCCCAUCUCUAUGCAGGAUCCGGAAGCUGUUGGUGGGUGGGAAACCCUGUAAGGGCUUUAGGUAAACCUUGCACUUUUUCAGGCAUGCUCCGUGGAGAUCAGCCAAGGAGGCAGGUUUCUCAGGACUCCACAAAUAACCAACAGUCUCUUUUAUUAUUGUUGUUGUUGUUGUUGCUAUUAUUAUUUUUUAUUUAAAAAAGAAUUGAAGCUUUCCCCCCUUCCUUCCUUCCUUCCUUCCUUCCUUUUUUUUUUUUUUUUUUUGGAAAAUCUCUCCAUUCCUUCUAAUACAAACGAUCCCUUUCUUGGUGCCACAAAUGCAGGGUCCUUUGAGGCUGUUCAAAGCAGUGUGUGUUUGUUGGGGGAGGGGGAGAGAACCCUCUGUCUUAGAAUGUGGGUGGUAGCAGGGCUGGUACACUCAUGAGGCAUAGUGAGGCACUCGCCUCAGGUGGCAGGCUGGGAAGGGACAGCAGAUUCGGCCCAGAGAAGCACUCCCACCCAUCUCCUCUGCUUCUCUCCCACCUCCACCAUCGUCUCUGCUGCUGCCACCCCUGCUUCUCUCCAUCCUUUUUCCUCUUCCACUCACUGGGGCUUCUCCAAACCGCCUCCAGCAGCAGUGGAGCAGAUGGCAUGAGGGACAACUGUUUUCUGUUUUGCCUCAAGCGGCAAAAUGCCAUGGGCCAUCCAUGGGUGGUAGAUAUAUCUGCAGGAAAUGCCAGCCACAGGUCUAGAUUGGAAAGGAUGAUGCUGGUUUCAGCCUAAGGUUUUGUGGUUUGCAUUUUGCUUCUUACCUUCCCUGCAGCACAAAUAGGUUUCUCGAAUCAUACUGCCUUGGACAAAUACAUCUGUCCGUUUUCUUGAUUUAACUGGCAGGUCAGGCGGGGUCCCAGAGUCUGUUCAGCGACUUUUGGAAAUCAAUGACUACCAAAUCCAGGCUGGCUUUACCAUGCCAUCACACUGUUUUCCAAGUCAGGGAGAGUUUGUGUCAGACUCAAAACGACAUUUUAAAAAGGGGGCCAGGGUUUUUCUUUUGCUAUUUUUUUUAAGGGGGGGGGUUAUAGAUACAUUUCUUAGAUAGCAGAUCCUGUGGGGGGAGGCAAACAAGAAACAGGAAGGUAUGAAAUGGCAGGCUGAACGGAACUGAAAUCACUCUCUUUGAAUGUGCUACGUUGAGAAACUUGAUUUCCUGUAAGAAAACCGUGGAAAUUGCAUAUUCUUCAUCUUUGCAUAUAGAGGGAAAUACGUCAAACACACGUACGUGUCCACCACGACAUGGGAGGCAGUUCCCCUCCAUAAAACUGACUUUGCAGGGAAUUUUGCCCUCCUCCUGUCCGUGAUCCUUGCCACCGUAAUCAGUAAGAUCUUUCCUGACAUCACUUGUCGCCAUAGGUUUGUGCGCAAUCACUUGCAGGAGGUUCCAACGCUAAGGUUAGUUUUGGUCCUCGUCCAAAAGGGAACAAACUCAUCCAGUUGUGGGCAGCCAAAUAAAAAAGGGGAAUGGGGGAGAGGAGGAGGAUCAGAUAUUUUUGUGUGUGUCUGACUUAAUGGGUCCUAAAACAGUUUCUUUGUUGUUGUUCUCCCCACCCCGCCCCUUCAGAAGAACAUUUCUUUCUGUAUUUUUGAGGUUUUAUUUUGUGUAAAUAUCUAGUCUUUUUUGGGAAAAAAAUAUAAUGUAAAGAUGUUUUGUAUAAACUCUGGAUUAUUUUCUGGUUGCUUUUUCUUAGAAAAACAAAACAAAACAAAACAAAACAAAUAAGAACCUAAAAAAAAAACAAAAAACACAAGAACGGGUGUAAAACAUUUUGUCAUGCUGCAGUCCGGCUUAGCAGGGUUCAUCCAUCAAACAUGGGGUGUCAUUGCCUGCGUGCUACCCUCCCAAAAGCCAGGCGGGGAAUCCACAGCGGAAAAAAACAGUCCCAGUGCAAAAAAAAAAAGGGCAUCAUCAGAUGGUGUUGCAGGGGAUUGGACUAGGUGACCCUUGGGGUCCUUUCAAAUUCUACAAUUCUGUGGGAGAGGAGAAGAGACACGGGAUGGGCACUGACCAUUUGGAAAUCUCUGGGUUGGCAAACAAAACCUCUGCUUGAAAAUGGUUGUUUCAGAUUCAUUUUGGAGUCCUGCAUCUGUCACAGUCCUCUCCCCCUGCCCCAGCAGAACUGGAUGGCCAGUUUGGAUGGGGCUGGAAUGGCAUUUCAUAAAUAUUUCCAGCCUUCCCUGGAGCUGAAAUUCCUUUAGGGUGCUGGUCAUUUCCCCCUGAAAUUGUUAGGUUCCCUGCUUGCCCUUCAGAAAUAAAUUGGCUCUGCACAAUUUCUAGUGGUCAGGGGGCUGGAAUAGAUGAACCUUGGAGUCCCUUCCUACAGUUCUCUGAUUCCAACAUACGGCUUUGUGUCCUGGUUACAUUCCCUGCCAGGUCAGACUUGGGAGAGCAGAAGUCACGGCCACAGCCUUAUUCCGCUCCUGUGCAAAUGAGCACUGUGAAGCUGCAAGGCUCCUGAAUUCUGGUAACUGAUAGCCAAGGUCUCUUCUUAAGUACAGUGUCUUCUCUUCUCCCGGAAUCAGCACUUUUUGCAUCCAGCUAGUCCCCCCCCCCCCCCAAAUUCCCCGACCGCAUGUAAGCAAAGCAUAUCACCAGCCGUGCCCGCCUGGGACUGCAGAACCCCCUUCAUUCACGCCAGCCCUGGGAGGUAGGACUGCUGUGCCGAUGAGGCUGAGUGUGUGUUAACCUGUGCUAAAAGCUUAGCCAUCUACACACUUCCAAGCCCAGCAUCUUUGACCUUUCAGAGACGUGAACCAGCCCAUCUCAUAGGGGGUUGAGUGUCUACUGUGUUAGUACACACAGCCUCUCAAGAGAGAGUGCCAUGCCUUGCACCCAUCCACAUACAUCCUUCGUGAGCCACCUCAUCCCAUGCCACUUUCAGCUGUGAUUCCCUUAUUGCAGGGGGUUGGGCCAGAUUGCCCUCUGGGACCCAUCCAACCCUGCAGUUCUGUGAUAAAUGCUACCUUCCGUUUUUUCCUUCCCUUGGAUGUGAGUCUCCUUCACUCGCCUGGGUGGUCCAGGUGGGUGGCCCACCCCUGCCAACUCUACCACCCUAAUUUUGCAACAUCCAGCCCGCCCCCCCCCCCCCCCGUGGGACGAAGGUUUUGAAAAACAGUUCCCCUUUUUGUGAUUUCCCUCAGUAUGUUUUCACUGGGGGCGGGCGGGCAGGCGGUAGGGGAACUUGAAGCUUUAGUUUAAUACCCCUCCCUCACAUAAGGGUUUCCCCCCUGGGUUUUUAUGCUGGGGGUGGGGUGGGGGGCAUAGAAUGCAGCAGCUUAGGCUGCCACUGGUUGAUCCCAUCCUGGCUUCCAGCAUUGUCAGAUUUCUGUGCCAGGGGCUCAGGGAAUGCUGGGGCCCCUAUGGGUGUCAUCAAACUUAAUGGAACAGUUACAUCUUUUUAAUUUUUCCUUGACAUUCUUGUCACUUCAUAGACAUUCAUUCAAUGCACACAAACACACACACACACACACACACACACACACUGUUCUCACCCAGUUAUCAUAACAUCAUUGUCACUGGUAAAAUCAGUAAUAACGGGAUUUUGAUUCCCUGGUGCCAUGAUGGAGCCUGAUAUAUUGUUUAAUAAAAUAUUUUUUCCUAUGGAA